AUGCACGUGGUCCCCUCCAUGUUGGGUAAGUUGUAGCAGAGUUCCUCCUCCCGGGUGGCCUCCUGUCUUGUUGGGCCAUAGUAGCCUCUCGGUUGUGGACCAGGAUCACCCCCGCCAGUCCGGGGGUGGGGGGGAUAACGGGGCUGUAACGGACCGUUUUGCACAAAAGGGGUAAAAACCGUUUAGGCGAUCGGCCCCCUUUCCAGAGAUACAGGCACAGCUACUGCAGAACAACAAACUCCUGAACUGGAUACAAAAUAGCACUUCAACUCCCGAACUGGAACCUCCCAAAUAGCUGUUAGCAGACGAACAGGAAAAGCAGACAAUCAGCUUACACUCCUGGCAAUCAGUCUCUAACAGCAUACAGUGAAUCCCCCCAAGAACGAGACAAGGCUCCGUGUUGAGGGGCAAGCAGUGGUCUGAGGUGCUGGCACACCCAGCCUGGUUUUUAUUACAGUCUUGCAAAUACAGGACCGCCCACAGGGAGGUAUAAAACAACCAAUCACAUCACAGUUACAUCCCACAUAUUCCCUCCCCUUAUCCUGAGAGGAAACUCAAUUACACAUACAGUUAAAACAUACUUUCUACCCAACUUUCAUAACUCUAAAACCAUACAUCACAUUCACAUAAAAUUACAUAUUCACAAUCAAUCCAUUCAGGGGAGCAACAUAUUCAAAAAUGGCACAAAUCAGACAAGGGGUUCAAAAGUUAGUAAAAAGUCCUUUGUGACUAAAUGAAGCAUGGCUUUCUGGCCCAAACCAGUUUCAGAGUCUUCUAUCCUGGAGAUAAGUAAUUCAAUUAUCUCCCAGGAUAGACACAAGACUCCAUUAAGCACAUGGUUGCAAAAAGACACAAAACACUUUAAAAUACAUAAAGUCACAUUUAUUACAUAAAACACAGACAUGUAACAUAUCCCCAGAUAGCUCAGGUCUGAGCGCACAUUAUUAAGUGAAUGGCGCUCAGACCACACGAAUACAGUUUAAUCGCCAUGGAGCCAAAGUAUUUACAGUCAGUUUCAUACGAAUGGGCUCCAUGGGAUUCCUAUCUGGGGUAUAACACAUUCAAUCAAAUCUACUGAACCCCAGGCAGAAAAGCACGAAUACAGCUUUUCUGCAGGCAAAAAUAAAGUCUUUUAAAAGGGGGCCAUAGUCCAAAGGCAGCAGGCGAGCAACCAGGCUUCUCCAAUGCAAUGUGGCGAGAUUGGUCUCGUCACAGGGGCUUUAUCAGGAUAGUUGCUUCAGACUACUUCCCUGUAAGGGGAUCAGCCUCCUCCCCUGCUUAGUGCACUCUAGGGCGCAUCAGUCACGCUGGGGUGGUCAAGCUCCCGGUAAGUCACUAGUCGCUGUUUGGCUUUUCGGGUAGGUUAUGAAGUUAACCCCUCUUGGAGUUUGGCUGUUUCGAGCAAGAAAGAUAAAAAAAAAACAGCAGUUUUUGUCAGAACAGCGGCGGAGCUCUUUCUGAAUGAGUUUCUCCACCAUGACAGCCAGCCCCCUCCCCCCCCCUCAAAAUACAGAUUUUAAGUAACCUUGUAAAAAAAUUUAACUCUCUCUCUCUCUCUCUCUCUCUCUCUCUCUCUAUAUAUAUAUAUAUAUAUAUAUAUAUAUAUAUAUAUAUAUAUAUAUAUAUAUAUAUAUAUAUUUAUUAGUGAGCGGAAUGGUUGUUGAAGGAAGAUAUAUCAGGCCUGCUUUACUAAACAGCAGCCAGAGAGUUUUUAGUUAAAUGUCCCAGGGAGAGACAUUAAGUUUGCAAUAUACAUUGCUGAUACUAUGCAAAACACGGUAUGGGUCCCUGGGGUGGAGCAUUUGGAGAGCAGGGUGGGCCAGUGCUCCAAUAGCACUAGUUGCUAUAUAACAGCACGACCAGAUCUUGUAUAUACCUUAGGAGUUCCAGAGAUGUGAAUUAAUUGAUCCUCACCUGUAACUGGUCAAUUGGCAGGCAGGCUUUUAAAAUAAGGGAUCAGCCUGCUGCAGAGUGAGGGAGAAAGAGCCAGAGGAAUGGUGUAUUUUGCAGCUAUAUUUUGCUAUUGUAAAUUGUAAAUUGGUAAGUGGGAAAGCCACCCAAUUCCAGUUAGUGAUUAUUGUGUUUAGUAAGUGCUCAAACAAGAGCAAGGAAUUUUGUUUUGUUUAUUUUAUUUUUACACACCUGUAUAUUUUGCACCAAUUAAAUCAGAAAAACUGAGCUGGAUGUGUCCUGGACUUUGAUUACCCUAGAAGGCUGUGGUUACCAUAAGAUCUGUGACAAAAUCCUACCGGUAAAAGAGGUGGUUUGUUACAAUAUAUAUAUAUAUAUAUAUAUAGAAAAAAACAAAAGCUUUGCACUCCUACUUACAAAAAUGUAGAACCCCGGUGCUAGAUUGCACUAGACAUGCAGAACAGAAUAAAAUCAGCACUCCCAGGAUUUUUAAAUAAAGCUUAUUUUUACUCCAAAUAUCGACGUUUCAGUUCCUACCAGGAACUUUCAUCAGGAUAACAACUAUAUAGCACUUCUGCUAUAUAGGUACAAUUUUAACUCUAGUUGUCUCCUUUUUAAUUAUUGACAGUAAGUUUUAAAGGGACAGUUGUAUAUUUUGGGAUAAACAUAUCAAACACACUUAUUUAAACUCAACAAGAGUUUCGAAAACUUGUCUGUAUCCAUCAAAGUUAUACACAGAAAUGCUGUUAUAAUUUUAUGUUUCUUUCUUAAAGGAACCCUUUUGGGUCAGAAACACAAACAUGUAGUGUUAACAACACUAUCUAGCCCCCCUAGAUAAAGUAAAAUCUUACCUUUGUUUCAGUCUGCUGGUGCUGGCUCCUCUCUUGAUGUGCCUCCUUGGUUGACAUCAUCAGAAGUGAUGAACUCAGCCAAUCACAAUGCUUUCCCAUUCUGAUGAUCUUGGCUAAGGAGGCGGGCCUGGGGCCAGAGCCAAAUGCCACCCUGACCAAUCAGCAUCUCUUCAUAGAGAUGCGUUGAAUCAGUGUCUCCAUACAGAGGGUACGACAUUAAACAUUAAGCUGUAGUUGUUCUGGUGAUUAUCGUGUUCCCUCAACCCCUUAAAAGGACAUUAUAGUCACCAAAACAACUUUAAGUUGAAGCAGUUUUUGUGUGUAGAUCAUGCAUCUGAAGUUUCACUGCCCAAAGCACUGCCAUGUGGGCAUUAAAUCACUUUUGUUUCUGUUUAUUCAGCCCUAGCCACAUCUCUCCUGGCUAUGACUGACACCGCCUGCAUGAAAACAAAACGGUUUCAUUUUCAAUUAGAUGUAACUUAACUUUAAACAUUUUUAUCUCCUGCUCUGUAAAUCGAACUUUUAGUUACAUACAGGAGUCUCCUGAAGGAUGUAUAUUAUCGAACUAUUAACAGAGCAGGAAAUAAGAAAUUCUAAAUUAAACCGAAUUUGCAAUAAAUCCCUCCCUCACCACUCACUUUGGACCAGCGGGAUAUAUCCCGGUCACCACUAGCAUCCUGAUAAAAUCACCUUACCGAGAACUCCAGCUUACUGGAGUUCGGGAGUUGAGGCCUAGCAACCAAUAUGUUUUUUUGUUUUUUUUUUUAUCAGCUACAAUUAAUUUUCACUGGUUCAACUCCAGAAUUGGUAUUUCCCUUGUUUUACUCAAAAGAGAAAGGAAUAUAUGUUUGUUCUUUCCACAGGUUGCAAUCACAUUUUCUCUUGUAGUGUAAUCUGAACCAGAUAAGUGAGGUAUAUAGCAAUAUGGACUCUGUAAUUGUGUGAUGUACUAUGAUUUUCAUUCUUCUGUUAGAUGAGGUGUGUUGACUAAUGAUAGGUUGAUUGGAUGUUAGUUUUAUGUCCCUUCUAGUUGAGGAAUGUUAGUGUCUCAUCUUGAUGAGGUGUGUGAUGCUCUGAUCUGUCCUGUUAGAUAAAGGAAGUGGAUCUUGGUCUAGGGAUUUAACUUGUAGGCGUGUAGCCCAGGUAGAUUAGCUGCUUUUUGGUUUUACUCUGACAGAUGAGGAGUGCAGAUGUCUGCUUCGUGUUUAUAAGUUAUGUUGGUGUCUAGCCCAAAUAGAUGAAUUGUGAUUUUCUAUCUUUGGUACACAUAGUAUGUUUAAAUUUGACCUUUCCUGGUUACUUCUUUUAAUUCCAGAUGGAGAGGAAUUCGAGCUUUCUGAAGAUCUUAAAAGGACAAAUGAUCACUCACAAUCCGGUAUGAAUAAACAUUUGCAACUGGCUGUGGGGGUUUGCUGCUUUUAUUGUCUAUAGUUAGCGUGAGGUGGAUUGCUAGUUAUUUGAAAUAUUUAUCAAUAAAAUAAAUACAGAAGUAACAGAAGGCUAGGUCUGCUUCAUGUUGUCUCUGUCUGGUGCAUGGUAUGUCAUGUUUACCUUACUAUACAUGAAUUUAAAGAGAACCUAUUCAUAUUCCUUUACAGUUAAUUGUAUUCUAUUAUAACUGCUUAUCCCCUACUUCAGACUCUGAUACAACUCCUCAUUGUUAUCACCAUGAUUAAAUCUUAGUUCUUUGGGAAGUGAACUAUUUUUGUAAAUUGAUGCCGAGUAGUGUGCCUUGUGUUUUCCAAGUAGUGUCUGAUUCUGAAUAAGUGACCACAGGGAAAUCUUCAACCUGGGGUACUAUGUAUAUUUUAUUUGAUUAAAGGAACACUAAAGUCACCUAAAUUACUUUAGCUAUAUAAAGCAGUUUUAGUGUAUAGAUCAUUCCCCUGCAAUUUCACUGCUCAAUUCACUGUCAUUUAGGAGUUAAAUCACUUUGUUUCUGUUUAUGCAGCACUAGCCACACCUCCCCUGGCUAUGAUUGGCAGAGCCUGCAUGAAAAAAAAAAACUGGUUUCACUUUCAAACAGAUGUAAUUUACCUUAAAUAAUUGUAUCUCAAUCUCUAAAUUGAACUUUAAUCACAUACAGGGGCUCUUGUAGGGUCUAGCAAACUAUUAACAUAGCAGGGGAUGAGAAAAUCUUAAUUAAACAGAACUUGCAAUAAUGAAAGCCUAAAUAGGGCUCUCUUUACAGGAAGUGUUUAUGGAAGGCUGUACAAGUCACAUGCAGAGAGGUGUGACUAGGGUUCAUAAACAAAGGGAUUUAAUUCCUAAAUGGCAGAGGAUUGAGCAGUGAGGCUGCAGGGGCAUGUUCUAUACACCAAAACUGCUUCAUUAAGCUAAAGUUGUUCAAGUGACUAUAGUGUCCCUUUAAAAGCACUGGAAAUUGGAUUUUUAAAAAUCCUGCCUUUUGUCAUGAACAAUAUGUAGCACAGUGUUGAUUAACUUGGUCUCGGGAUUCUGAUGUAACUCUACCCUUUUCUAUAUAUUUUUUUAUCUUUCCGCAGAUGACUCUGUAAUUAAUUAUUCAGAUUACUACCAAGGACUAUGGAAUUGCACAAGUGACAACGGUGAUGAGCUUUCAUUCCAGCGUGGUGAUAUUAUUCGCAUCCUCAGCAAGGUGAAAUGUUGUGCGGAAGGCAAGACUUGGGCACUGGGGUAGGAGGCGAGAUAAGACAGCAGAUGUAGAUCAGAAUUGCUCUGAGAAUGGGACUAUAUAUGACAGUCUGAAGUGAAAAUCUUAGUAUCUCCACUCAGAGUUUGGGAGAAAGAGGAAAGCUAAUUAACUGAAAGCAGCAAUUUUUGAAACUCUUGUUGAGUUUAAAUAAGUGUGUUUGAUAUGUUUAUCCCAAAAUAUACAACUGUCCCUUUAAAACUUACUGUCAAUAAUUAAAAAGGAGACAACUAGAGUUAAAAUUGUACCUAAAUAGCAGAGGUGCGCAGAUUUUGAAGAACUACCUUUCUCCUGAUGCAUUGUCUGUUAACUUUAGAAAGGCAAAUUAUCAUGAAUAAUAACGUCCCUGCAGUCUCACUGAACGAUUUUUUACCAUUUAGAAGGUUACAGCAUAGAAUAGGUGCUCUCUAGACAUGCAGAGUUAAUAGUUCUCUAACAUAGACUAUGGAGAUUAAUAAUAGGACUAGGCAGGGGUGUUUUCUCGCAUUUGUGUUUUGUAUCGUCACUGGAACUAUUAUUAAAUGCAAUUUGAAAUAAUUAUGAUAUAACAAUCUAUAUGGAGAGUGACUUAUAGCACAAAGUCUGCAUAUGUGGACUGCAUUGUAUCAUUGAUCAACCAUGUAUUUCCCUUCCAAACCUCAUGGCUGAGUUCAAAGAUGGCAUUCUUGCUAAUCUCGAACUUAGACUACUUUUCCAAAUAGACCAUUUAUUGUCAGUACGAAUCAUAAUAGUGCUAGCCUACAAAUCUCAAUCCAGGCAAAAUUUUCCAAUGUCACUGUCACACCUCCCUUCCUUUUUAUAAACCUUCUAACGAUUCUUUAUCUGGACUCGCCUGCUUUUGUUGCUUUUCCCCUACCACUCUUUUACCAACUAGUUGCAUUUUAUGUACCUGAUGAUUACAGGCAGGCAGCAUAGCCCUAAAUAAAUAUUCUGCUGUAGUGCUUAUGGUGCCACAAUUAGAAGUCAAACCAUUUUGGUCCAACAGAAGCUGGGUAUUACUGUUUAGAGCAAAGCAUAGCCACAAUUGUUCGGUUGAUGCGCUCAGUCAAUGAUCAUGGUCCUGUAUUGGCUCACUUUGCUUUAUAGACCAAUCUUGCUGGAGAAGAUCUUAUGCAGUGAGUGGACCAUGGAUGUUUUGUGGGAGUCAAGUAAGUUGUCAAUCCAUGCUAAAAUGGUUUGAUUUCUUACCGUGGAGUGGGGCCAGGGUACUCCUGACACCAUAAUCACUACAGUAGGCUAUCUGUGUUUUCCUUUUGCUUGUUUCAGAACAUUUCUUGAUUAUUACUCUUUACUAUUCUGCUUUAUAUUGGAAAAUUGUCAAACUUACACUAAUUGGUAAAGUAGUUUUACCAUGUUUCAAAAAUGGGUUUCCCAUUUCUAAGGUACCACUGCUUUAACCAGCCAAUAUAUAUCCGGCUCUUACUGUAACUAUUCACCUGUAUAUAACCAGACUCUUACUGUAAUAAUUGUACCGGAUUAUAAUCACCCUCUUAAUGCAGUCAAUGUACUGGUAUGUAGCCAGACUCCUAAUGUUAUUACCAUACCAGUAUACAAUGGCCUCAUACUGUCAUUAUUAACCCUGUUCUAUAUGGCCUUGUAUAUCUGGUGUCUCCACCCAUAGCAGAUCCAUUUUACAGGAAGUCUUCAUUGCUUCUUUUCUAAAUAUUCCAUACCUACUAUUGAUAGCAAAAGUGCAUGCAGCUUGAUUUAUUUUUAGAUAAAUCAUCAGGCGCUCUGAUCACCAUGACAACUAUUCAUGGACAACUCCACAUAAUUCAGACACCUGUGGCCAUAUCAUACACCAACAGGUCCUGCCUGUAACGGACCGUUUUGCUCAUCAGAGGUUAAAAACCGUUUAGGCGAUAUUCCCCUUUCCAGAUACACCGACAGCUACUGUAAGCACCGAUCUCCCAAACUGGAAACAUAUGAACACUGGAAAUAUCCGAACAGGAAAACCAUACGAAAGGGUUACACUCCUGGCAGUCAGCAUACAAUCCAAUUCCCCCAAUAUCGAGACGACACUUCGUUUGAGGGUCAUGCAGAAUCUGACUGUACUGGCACAUACAGCCUCUUUUAUUCCCAAUCCACAAACAUAGUACUGCCCACAGGGGAACAACCAAUCAAUCCGUACAAUAUACACAGACACUCCCACACAAAAUCCUCCCCUCUGCCUGUGAUAUGAUUACUGAACACAAUAGGUGAUAUAAUUAUCACAGGCAGAGGAAUACAAUUUUUCCACAUUAUUCAUAACUUUGAAAGUAUGCAUCACAUUCACAUUUUCUGAAUCAGCAUACUCCAAAUACAAACAUAUGUCAAAAUCAUCCAAAUUGGUCCAUUGGUUCAAAAGAUAGAUCGAAGUCCUUUGUGACCAAAUGAAGCAUGGCUUUUCUGCCCAAAACCAGUUCCACAGAGUCUUCUAUCCUGGAGAUAAUUGAGAAGUAAUCCAAUUAUCUCCAAGGACAGAGACAAAACUCCAUUAAGCACCUGGCAGUAAAAAGCCAGUAAAAUACAAUAAAAUACACAAGGUUACCUUUAUUACAUAAAAUACAGACAUUCUACCUAUCCCCAGAUAGCUUAGAUCUGAGUGCACAUUAUUACCGAAUGGCGCUCAGAUCACAUACAUACAGUUCAAUCGCCAUGGAGCCAAAGUCUUUCAUACAGUCUUUCAGUAUACGGCUGGGCUCCAUGGCAUAGCUAUCUGGGGUAGCAUGGCUUUAACAGUCCGCAGAAAGGCACAAACCAGCCUUUCUGCAGGGUAAAAGAACAGGGGCCAUAGUCUAAAGGGAGCUGGCGCGCAACCAGGCUUCUCCAGUGCACAGUGGCGAGGUUGGUUCCGCCACACUGCCACUUUCUUCAUAUCUCAUUUCCACGUUUAGAUCCUUCUCCCUGCUUUAGCCCCUUAAGGGCCAAGCUUCUGGAAUAAAAGGGAAUCAUGACAUGUCACACAUGUCAUGUGUCCUUAAGGGGUUAAACAAAUCUUCCCAGUUAACAUCCCACAGCCCAUUUUGGAGGUCUGUUAAUGCUCCAGACCCACUCUGUUAUGUGUUAUGGUUUCCCCAUUCACAGGAGAGAAAAGAGAAGUGGUCUGUGGUUUAAAUAAACAAAUGAGACAGCAUUGAUCUUUAAGUUAGCCAGUCACUGAAGGUGAAAAGGACCCUGUCACCAUUUUGUCAAACACACAAGAGAAUGUGACUUAUUCUGUGGUUUAGGCAGACACAGAGGAGAAAAGUGAUAUGCAGAUUAUCCAGGCAAGGAAAGAGAAACAGACCUGUUCGACAAAUUUGCCAGACUCCUACGAAAGAGAGAACGCUUAUGGAUUAAUUUAUAUAAUCCCAAAGUAUUCUGAUUAUAGAAAUAAUAGCCUGCUUUAAGUGUCGAGUGACAACCCAUGGGGAAAUUCUAGCUUUUUUUUUUUUUUUCAAGUUUUAUUUAUUCCUUUUUUAUUUUAUUUAUUUUUUAGCUUGUCUAUGAUAGGAAGCUGGUAUGGGGGCAAUUGAUAACUAACAUGAUUACAAGCUGCCAAAUACAUGUCUAUGUCUAGCUAAUAGACUUUUAGAUACAGCAUCCAAGCUUGUUUGAUGUACUGUAGCCACUGAAGGAUUUUUAAGAGUCCAUAUGAAGGUCAGUUUAAAAAUUUAAAUAAAUUCCAGUACAUAAUAAUCAGCAAGACUAAGAUCUUUUUUUAUAAUGAAUAGGUGGAUUAAAGUAUAUACAUUAGUUAAAGUGGAUCUGUCACCGUCUAGGGACUUUGCAUAAAGACCCAGGAUGGUGACAUCAUUGCUGGUGGACUGGGUGGGGGUGCAGGAAAAAGUGAGCUUUACUUGUUCCUUGUUGGCACCACCAUUGCCUUCUGUCUGUGUGCUCCUAGUCUGCUACUGGCGAUUUAACUGCCGGUAGCCAACAUCACUGUUGCACUGUCGCUCUUGUGCAAGUGUACAGCAUUGAGUGCUAUAGAGGAUUUUGCGAGACUGCAGUAUCCUCCAUAGAGAUAAUUUCCCUGCGGCCAUCACUCUUAUCGGCUGGGGGAAAUGAGAAGCUUGGCAGCAGUAGCUCCACCCCAUGUCAAGCUUUAUCAGGCUUAGGAAAAAUUUAUUCCAGCACAGUCAAUAGGAGUAUUGAAUAAAGAUUCUAUCUUUAUAGAUUGUGGCAGUAACACUUUAAUCAUUGUAAUGUAAUGAUGAUAUUUGCAAAAAACAAAAAAAACUCUGCCAGUACCCAGAUCGCCCACCUUGCCCAAUUAAGAAAACCUCAAUUUUAGUGGUUAAAACAGUCCAAACAUUUUGCAUCCCAGUCCAAAGUUGUAUUUGAACUAAGAUGUUAUACGGUCACAUUAACUUACAUCAAAGCUAAAACAGUGAUAACGAGGUUGUUGAUAUCAUAUUGUUGAGUAGAAGCCUAGUGAAGUGUGGAAAUGUGCAGAAAUAAUAUAGAGAAAUUACCCCCUGUCCCCUCUCUCAGCCCCUAACUCCCCUACUACACAUCCCUCCAACUGCAGCCCUAACCACACUUUUACACCCCAUACACUUCUACAGCCCCGAUUCCCUUACUACAGUCCCACAUCAUCCCCACUACAGCUGCUCUCCCCCAAUUGCAGCCCAUAUCACCCACCUUUCCCAAAUUGUAGCCACCAACCUUCUUCAGUCCCUAUCCCCUUACUACAUUUCCUAACUCCCCAAUUACAUACACUCCACUGUAGCCUCUAAUCCUCAACUACACCCCUUGGUCCUACAUAAAGUGUCCGAAUGAAAUCCCAGGUGAUGGUGAUUACCAUCACACUGUUAAACCAGCAAUGUUUGUGCAGCUGCAGGGUUAAGGAGACACCCUGCACUCAGACCACUUCAAAGAGAUGAAGUGGUUUUUGUGCCUAUAGUGUCCCAUUAAAGGUCUAUUCUAAGCAUCAUAAGGAUUUCAGUAUGUAAUUGUUCUAGUACAAGGUUUUUUUGGAUGCAGUCACUCCAAAUUUUGUCAAAAUGUGUCAAACAAGUGGGAUGAUCUUGAAAGGCUGCAAGCAAAGAACGAAGCUUCCUGCAGUAUACAUAUCCAAUGAAUGUGAUCUACAUUUGUACAGAUAAUGAGAAAAUUGAACUUCCUCAUUGUCACCAUGGCAGCAGAGUGUUUGAAAAACUCUGGCAUUCCUAGAACCAAACAAUGAAAUACCUUCAAGUGCCCACUGACCACGUGUACAAACAAUUGUCCCAACUAACAAAAACAAAAGGUGUAUGUAAAUAAAGGUUGUAUCUUUGGUUACCUGAUAAUAAUGCCCAGGUCCUCCACAAAUGGCACAUUGGCCAAAUGCAAGUUGUACAGACUUUGUAUCAGCUAUUAUUACUCAAUUAACCAUGAGCCUGUUCAAAACAAGGUGUAGCAUGCCAUGGGAUGGCUUGUAGCAUAGCAUUUUCAGACUCGGUAUAGCAUUAUUUUUUAGUUUGUAUUUUUAUUGUACAGUUACAAAAUGUACAGCCAAAUGCUUUAGUAGUAGAAGUAGCCAGAUGUCUACUCUAGUCUGCCCAUUUCCCCAUAUAUCUUAAAAUGGAGACUUGCAUAAUCUUUAUCACCUAUUCACCUUGGAGAUAUUUUGACAGUAUUAGUACCUCUACCCCAGCCAGAGAUCUAUAUAAAUGUGCUUAUACUGCCAUUUCUGUUAAUAUGGUCUGAUGCUUUUUUUCUGUAAUGUAAUCUUAUUUUUUUUAUAUUAGAUCAUUUAUCAUUAGAUCAUUUAUACUUUUCUCCCCAGCAGUUUAUAUUUUAAGGUAUUAUAGUCCUUUCCAAUGUGCUUGGUUAAGUAGAUGGACCAUAUUAGUAUCUGUGUUUGAAUAACUUUUAAUUUAUUUAUGUCCUUUGUAUCUAGAAUGCAUAUUAUUCCUAUUAUUUAUUUAUAAAAUGAAAAUUGCACCUCACUAUUGUAGAUCUGGAUUACAAAGCAAACAAAAGUAGAGUCGUCUGUUAAAAUACAACUUUAAUCCUGGGGAAGGGUAAAUGGAGAACAACUGGUGACCUAGAAUUGGGAAUGGCAGGCAGGUAUACAGUUUGGUAAAUGUAGAGUAGAUGGGUGGAAAUAAAAUGCGAAAUAGUCUAGACUCUAGAGCAUUGACAGAUCAUGGCAACCAGAUAUUUAUUUAAAUUGCUUUUAUAGUUAACCUAGCUGUUCAAAUUCAAAAAAAGCAACUUAUUGUUUUCUUUUUAAAGAGAACCAGAACUAUGUACAUUACAUUAACUAAUAAUUAUUAUUAUAUAGUAAAUAUUACUGCUCAAUGUCGGCCACUUCCGCACAGCAUCCUGCAGGGAGACAGCGUGGGAGGAGGCAGCCGCAGCGUGAGGGGAGAGGAGCAUGAAGAGCUCCAGACCCCUCACUCCCACAGCAGCAGCAGGACUCCAAGACACCCUCCUGGCACAUAAGGUAAGCUGACAGGAGGGUGGCUGGAGAUAUAAAUAAAAAAAAUCACGUGUGUGUGAGUGUGUCUGUAAAUGAGUGUACGUGUAUGUGUGUGAGUGAGGGUAUGAGUGUAAGUGUAUGUGUGUAUGAGUUUGAGCAUAUUAGUAUCAGUGUGUGUUUGUAUGUGUGUGUGUCAGGGUGUAUGUGUGUGCAGCUGUGUGUGUGUAUAUAUAUAUGUCAGUGUGCUUCUGAGUGUGUGUGUGUGCACACAUCUGUGUAUGUGCAUCUGUGUGUCAGGGUGUGUGUUUUUAUGUCAGUGUGUCAUGGUGUGGGCAUGUAUCAAUGUUUGUGUGUGUCAGAUUGCAUGUGUGUGUGUCUGUGUCGGUGUGUAUCUAUAUGCAGGGGAGGGCUGGCAGCCUUAGGCCUGGGGGGCAAAACCAGUCAAGUGGCCCAUUGCACCACCAAAUCAGUGCAAUAGUGCCCACCUUUUCCUGGUUUUAUAACGGAUAUUGAUGUUAUGCUAAUCAGUAGCUCUUUGCCAUACCUGCUCCUUCACGGCUCUGACUUUCAAUGUUGUCAGAGCGCAGGCUGAGAAUCUCUGAGCCUGUGCUCUGACUCACUAACUGAGCGCCGGAACCACGAGGGAGAGGCUAUAAUCUGACUGCACCUACUGCUGGUGCGCACCAGUGGACCACCAGCGAAUCGUUUAAAUUGAAUAGGCUGGUGUCCCCAACUUGUGAGCUGUGUUGUCCGCCGGGCGCCUCUGUUGUGAUGGCACCCUGCGUGACCGCACAGCGUGCACACCCCAACGGCUGGCCCUGCUGACACACACUGAUGUUACUACUUAGAAAUCCCUCAAUAUUAAUACAGACAUCAGAGUAAACACCAAUAAACUGUGGAAACAGAGCUGAUCCCACCCAAAUUUAUAAAGAUUUGCUUACUGGAUUUGUUGUAAGAUUAAAUCAUGCCUCCUCCAUUCUCUCUUCCAUGCGCUGCUCUGUAAGCUGGGAGGAAGUGAAGAGUAAUCACAAUCUCCCAGCACAGUGGCACCUGUGGCUGCAUGGGGAACAGCUAUAUUUGCCGCCCCCCAUGUGACAUCACAAUGCCCCACCUAUAUGAGCUGCCAUAUGAACCAACGCCAGUGCUGCCCACAGUGUGUGUUUACAUUAAAAAUCCUACAGGGACCGGCUAUAGACACCAGAACCACUUAAUUAAGUUCCAGUCGUUCUGGGGACUAUAGUGUCCCUUUAAUGUAAUGUAAAUUAUAGAUUAGUGUCACUAAUAAUAUACUAGAUUGCCUACUUACAACCAAAUGAGGAUGAUGAUGGGCUGCAGUUUGGCUCCACUGGUCUGGUGUAGAACAGGAUCUCUGGAGGCUGUUUGCAACUGUGGUCACAAAAUUCAAUGUUCUGGGAGAAUUGGAAGCAGCUCCAUUUUUUGGGGGCCCCUUACACAGCUCAAGGUCUGGGCCCCAGGGCCUGAUGGUGAGUAUGCCCACAAGGCCCACUCAUAAGUCCACUUAUAUGUUCCACCCACCCAUGAGUUCGCUCACAGGGAGUGGAGUGUGUAGGGGAUGUGUUAUGUGUUAUUGUAGAAGAUCUAAUAUGUGUGCUUAUGGUAUGUAGUGUAUAGGGAUACCAGUUUGUGCAGGUGAUGCAGUGUGUUUGUGUGUAGUGGAAGCAGUGUGUAUUAGUGUAUUAGGGAUGUAUUGUGUGUUUCUGGUUGUGUGUUAGUGAUGCAUUGUGUUUCUGUGUGUAUGUAAGAAAAGCAGUGUGUGUGUAAGUGUUUGCAUUAUGUGUUUCUGUGUAUGUGUGCAAAGGAUGCAUUGUCUUUGUGUGUAAGUGUUGCAGUCUGUGUGUGUAAUGGAUGCAUUGUGUGUUUCUCUGUGUGUAAGGGAAGCAUGUUGUGUUUCUGUGUGUGUAGGGAUGCAUUUUGUGUUUCUGUGUAUGUAUAGGGAUGCAUUGUGUGUGUGUGUGUGCGCGUAGUGUCCUCUCCUCCCUGUGUCCUCCUCACCUCCCCCUCCCUGUGUUCUCGUCACCACCCACCCUCCCUGUGUUCUUCUCAGUCCCCCCCUUCUCCUCAUCUCCCCUUCUCCUCACUCUUAAUCUCCCCCCCUCCUUGUGUUCUUCUUACUCCCCCCUUGUUCUUCAUGCCCCCCUUCUUCUUCUUACUCCCCCUCCUCCUCCUUCUGUUACUCCCCCCUCCUUCACUUACUCCCCCCUUCACUUACUCCCCCCAUCUUCACUUACUCCCCCAUCGGCGCAGCCUCCUUCGCCUCCCCCCACCUCUUUGCUUUCUCACAUCUUGCCUUACUUUCCCCAUCUUCCGCCUCCCCUUCAUUUACACCCCCCCAUCUUCGCACUCCCCUUUCUUCCCCGCUUGUACUUACUCCCCAAUCUUCGCCUCCCCAGCUUGCGCCCACCCCCAUCCUUUGUUUAAACCCCCCCUCCUUCAUUAGCAUCCCCAUCUUCGCCUCUCCCCUUCACUUCUCCCCAUCUUCCUUACUCCACCUCCUUCAUUUUACACCCCCCCUCUUCCUUACUCCCCCUCAGCUUCAUUUACGCCCCCCAUCUUCCUUGCCCCCCCUCACUUACUUCCUUACUUCGCCUCCCCCUUCCUUCACUUACACCCCCCAUCUUCACUUACUCCCUCCUCACUUACACACCCCAUCCUUCGACUACGUCCCCCCUCCUUGUUAACACCCCCCCAUCUUCACUUACUUCCCACCCCUUCAGCCUCCCCAUCUUCACUUACUCCUCCUCCUUCGAACACGCCCCCCCUCUUCACUUGCUCCCCCUCAUGGGUUGCACCCCCAUCUUUAACCUCACCCUCCUUCAUUAGCACUACCAUGGGUCACUUACUCUUGCCUUCACUUGGCUUAUACCCCUCCUUCAUUUACACCCCCCCUUUCGCCCGCUCCCCCCUCCUUCUUGUUUUACACCCCAUCUUCGCCUCCCCCCCCUCCUUGCUUGCUUCACCCUAGCUCCCCCUCCUUCACUUACUCCCUUCAUUCCUUACUCCCCCCCUCCUUCACACAGCACUCCCUCCCCUCUUCCUUGCUCCACCUCCCCUUGCUCCUCCUUCACUUCUCCCUCCUUCCACCUCCUCCCCAGCAACCUCCUCCCCCAUUCCUUACUCCUCCCCCCCUCCUCACCUCUCCCUUGCCCUCCCCUGUAGCGUGGCCGAGCUGCUUGCUGGUCCGCGGUGCCCAGCCGGACUGAUAGGAAGGCGCACGCUGAGUGUGCACUUCCUGUCAGUCCGGCCGGUUACAGGAAACAGAAACUCUGCGCGGAACAGGAGUUUCUGUUUCCUGUAACCAGAAUUUAGGGCGGCCUGGGAGGCAAUUGCCUCCCGGCCCAGCCCGCCCCUGUCUAUAUGUGUGUAUGUGUCGGUGUCUAAAUGAAUUUGUGUGUAUGUGUUGGUGUAUUUAUAUGUAUCUGUGCAUGAAUAUCUGUGUAAGUAUGUAUGUAUGUGCAUAAAUCCAAGCAGUCAAACACCAGCACAACAUAGAAGCACAUCCUGCAAUCUAACACAAAUAUUAUAUACAAACACACCCCUGCAUUAAAAAAAUAUAUAUAUCCAAACACAAAUACUUCACACAAAUGUACAUCCACAUUUAAAAGUGAACAUUACAUUCAGACACACCCCUGCAAUCAAACACAAACAUCACAUACAAACACACGCCUGUAUUAAAACACAAUAAAUGGAUACAAGCCCCCAUUUAAACACCAACACUGUACAUUUCAAUACAGCGCCAGUAAAUGCGGCAGUGCUGUACAGAUAUACAACCUAGAAGUUUUGACUUGGGAAAAAUACUGAAAUGUUUUUUGUUUUUUUUUAUAAUUCUUUAUUUUAGCAGUGCAUGGAAAAUAACAUAUGCAAGUAAUAAAAUGACAUUGAUUAAUAAUGCUAAAAAGUAAUACUCUAAAAUUUGACUUUAGGUCAGGUCAGGCACUGCUCCUUCGUCCAAUGUGGAGUUAGGAAAAACAAUGUCCCCCCCAAACCUCAAGUCAAUAAAGUCAUCAGGUUAUACUAAUAAAUAGGGGUAACCCUGAUAAAGUUAAUGAUAUAGCGUAAAAGAACUAAUUCUCAAACUACAGCACCCAAUUAGGUGGCCACCUAAUUGGGUGCUGUAGUUUGAGAAUUAGUUCUUUUACGCUAUAUCAAUGCUAAAAAGUAGUUUGCAUGUACAGAGCAUGGUGAGAGAGAUGCACCAUUUUUUAUUUUCUUUUGUGGUACAAGCAAUAGGCAAGAAAUCCUGACCUGGGCUAGACAUUGCACAAAAACAACAAUAUUAAACAUUUGGUUUGCAUGUCAGGCAGGCAGGGUACCCAUUGUGAUGAUAUAGUAUGCAAAACCAGGCAUAAAUGCCAAAUGAACUGAGGCCAUCGUUAGAGGGUUAUGUGGCAAUCUAGGGAGUGCUGUAAGUGUAGAUCUGUCCAGGUUAGGGAUAACACCUUACAGCCUGUGCUUAAAUUUAUGUGAAUCUUACAAUUUAGCUGGGUAGGAAUGAACGAGAACCGAGGUUAUCAUAUCAAAAAUAGCUACUAUUAAUCGAUUGUGAGCAGUUUGGUAGCUUUUAAAGGUGGUCGUGUAGCUUGAUGUGGGCUUAAGUAUAUGGGUGUGAGUGUCAAUAAUGAGUGUCCUCAUUAUUUUGAUCAGUCUCGCUUUUCGGGCCUGGGUUAUAGAUAAUAGUGGUGUUUCAGGUGUAACAGGGUUGAUGUUCCAGGAGGGAUAAGCCAAAUGACAAAUGAUUUAGGUAAACUAGAAAAAUGGUCAGAAUUGUGGCAAAUGGCAUUUAAUGUGGAUAAGUGCAAGAUAAUGCAUCUUGGAUGUAAAAACCCAAGGGCAGAGUACAGAAUAUUUGAUAGAGUCCUAAUCUCAACAUAUGAGGAAAGGGAUUUAGGGGUGAUUAUUUCUGAUGACUUAAAGGUAGGCAGACCAUGUAAUAGAGCAGCAGGAAAUGCUAGCAGAAUGCUUGGUUGUAUAGGGAGAGGUAUUAGCAGUAGAAAGCGGGAAGUGCUCAUGCCAUUGUACAGAACACUGGUGAGACCUCACUUGGAGUAUUGUACACAGUACUGGAGACCGUAUCUUCAGAAGGAUAUUGAUACCUUAGAGAGGGUUCAGAGAAGGGCUACUAAACUGGUUCAUGGAUUGCGGGAUAAAACUUACCAGGAAAGGUUAAAGGAUCUUAACAUGUAUAGCUUGGAGCAAAGACGAGACAAGGGGGAUAUGAUAGAAACAUUUAAAUAUAUAAAGGGAAUCAACAAAGUAAAGGAUGAGACUAUAUUUAAAAGAAGAAAAACUACCACAGCAAGAGGACAUAGUCUUAAAUUAGAGGGACAAAGGUUUAAAAAUAAUAUCAGGAAGUAUUACUUUACUGAGAGGGUAGUGGAUGCAUGGAAUAGCCUUCCAGCUGAAGUGGUAGAGGUUAACACAGUAAAGAAGUUUAAGCAUGCGUGGGAUAGGCAUAAGGCUAUCCUAACUAUAAGAUAAGGCUAGGGACUAAUGAAAGUAUUUAGAAAAUUGGGCAGACUAGAUGGGCCGAAUGGUUCUUAUCUGCCGUCACAUUCUAUGUUUCAGCAAAAGGAGUUUGGGCUGACUCUAGCUGUUAGUGCACCUAACCAGGGGGGCUGCGGGGGGGAGGGGAGAGGAGUCACGGUAGGUGUAAAGCACUACCUCUGUACCCCUAUCUUAUGGAGCAUUGCCCAUCCUUUCAAGGCCUCAUAUAGAGAAUCGUUAUUUUCCAGCUCCUACACAAGGAGGAUAGUUUGGUUGCGGUAACCUUGUCUAGCCAGAUGAACAAUAUAAGGUAAAGAAAACUGUUUAAAGGUGAAAUGGUGUGGAAUGGGUGCAGCCCAGUGCUGCCUGUUGCUUGUUGAGAUCUGAGCUUAGUCAUGUCCCAGUGCUCGUGGUCAUGCGGUCCCGUGGGGUAAAGGGGACUACUGUGGUUGGGUCCCAAGUGAGCGUUCUUCUACGAUCUCUUGACACCUCACCAAGGGCGGACAGUCCCAUUGCCCGCAACAGUGCAGGUGCCUCUUCAGCUGAGGUAAUCUUGGGGCCAGACCCAUUGUGGGUCACCGUGAGGGCUCGUGGAGUAACUCCUGCGUUUCUUAGUUGACUCAUAAUUGGGAGGAGCGUUUUGCGCCAUUGCAAGGUGGACCUCGACAGGUCUUGGUAGAAGGACAGGUCAGCACCCUCAAAUGUGUAAGGAUUUUGGUUUCGCAGGGCUGAGAGGAGUGCCUUUUUGUCUUGGGCCAGGGCGCAGCGAACUAUGAUGUCGCUCAAGGCAUUCGUUGGAGCCCUUGGUGAUUUUGGUAGGUGGAACAUGCAAUCAAAAGUGAGCAUUUUGGCUUGUGUCGGUGGCAGUAGUGAGGCCGCUAGUCGUCUCAAAUAGUGGGGCAUCUCUUCCAUAGUGACAGACUCUUAUCUUCAGGUUAUUAUGUCUGGAACGGUCCUCCAGCGUAGCAAGGUGUGUGGAGAAUGCUUGUUGUUUUUUGGACAUUUUGCAGGGAGUCUUUCACACAGGUCACUUCCCGCCUCACAUCUAUGAUGUCCUCUUCAGUGGCUCUCACCCUGUCUGUAACCACCUGUAACUCAGCCUGGAUGACUGCUAUGUCCAUGGGUCGCAUCUGAAUUCAGUUAAUAGAUUUUUUAUAUCCUGCUUAGUUGCGGGAGCUGAUAUAUCGGGGAAGCCUGCAGCUGUUUGCACUGGUGCUUGUGGCAGGGUGUGAGCAUGACGGCAGUCAGGUGUUUGCGUCUGAGGGUUCGCCAGGGCCUCCUGGUUCUCUAGGGCCGCCAUUUUGGGCAGGGCCUGGCUUUACAAUAGGGCCCCAAUGUCUUGGGAUUCGCUUGGCGUACCUGGCGGAGCUUUCUGUGACUGUCUCCCCAUGGUUGAGGGCUGAUCGGCAGGUAAGUUGUUUUCUGUGCUCCAGUCCGAAUUGCGCUGGAAGGGGAUGUGCGCCAGUAGAUCUUCCAGGCGUGUAGGGAGAUGGUAGGCCGCAGGCCUUUUCCGUCGCCGACUCUGUCCGAAAUUAGCAAAGAACGGCAUGUGCCGACACCGGGAGUCGCCGGGGUGUAGAUGCUUGUGUGGAUUUCGUUGGAUGGGUUGUGUAUCUUAAGAUAUUCAUCAGAUUGUAUAGAGCACCACCGGAGCUGCGGAAAAUGGCAUCUGCUUCAUUCCGCGGUUAAUCCCCGCCCCAAAAUACUGAAAUAUUAAGGGCGCCUUAAACCUAAAAAGUUUGGAAACCACUGUUAUAUAUAUUUUAUUAUAAUUCUAUUUUCAUCCCACUCGAGAAUUAAUGCCCCUUUUUCUACAAAACAAUACCUUAGCAACUGCUGAUUGACAUUGUCUAUAACAAUUCCCAAAUCCUUCUCAUGUGUUAUCCCUAAUUCAUUACCAUUUAGGGUGUAAGUUGCACCCAAACUUUGCAUUUAUCUACAUUAAAUUUAAUCUCCAAUCUAUUUAAAUCUCUCUGCAGUGACAUAAUAUCCUGCUCACAUUGUAUUACUUUACAGGGUUUUGUGUCUCCUGCAAACACUGAAAUAUGACUUACAAUACCUAUUUUAAGAUUACUUAUUAAUAUAUUAAAUAGCUAUUUUAGCAUUAAUUCUUGGGGACACUUUCCCAAGCAGGACAAGCCUCCUUCAUGACGUUGAUACACCGGCUUAGUUGACGUCCCUCCAUUCCUAAACCCUUUAGCCAGCACUAGCAGCGUUGGCAAUUGAGUUACCAUAGCAAGUUGAUUAUGGAUGGAGAGUGUCUGUCACAAGUUGAGAGACAAAUGGGAGUAAACCCUACUUUUAAAUAGUUUUUCUUCAAAUCUAAAAAAUUGCUAGGCUUGACUAGGCUGGAUAGUUUCUGUGAAAAUGAGUCUCUUCUUUCUAUGUCUUGUCUUGGAAGCAACAUGGGAUUAUUUAAAUAAAGUGUUGAAUCAUUGGGGGAAGGUAACUGAACUAAAUCUAAUCCAAUACCCUUAUAAACAGAGUUAUUGGCAAAGCAGAGAUUACAGUCACCUGUGUAUACAUAAUGCAGGAGGGCUGUAUAGUGUUAGUGUAAACUUUUUACCUGCUUCACAUUCACUGAGUUGCUAUCGACCUCAUUGAAAUCUAAACUCAUAAGCCGAAUUCAGGGCAAAUUGCUAUAUAUGGAUUCUAGUGGACAGAUGUCCAGAUUAAUUUCUUACAUUGAACUCUGUGAUGUGCUGUUGGACCCGGACUAGAUUAGUUUAAGGACGUGAAUGUGAAUUAUAUCUCAUGUCUGCUUUUGUCAUUUCUGAAUUUAGUGAAUAAAUCUCUUGUACGUCAUUAUUAUUUCCCUGUGUCUUCUAUCUGUUAGACUGUGCAUUAUUCACUCAUCCAGCUUAGAGUCCGAUCUUUUAAACAUGCAGUUAAUGAAUGACUUUAUGGUAGUGUCAAAUGACUUAUCUGGAGUCCAUAUAAACUAAGAUCUAUCCACUGUUUAGUUUGACCUGCACGUUGUUACCCAUCAAAAUAUUAAAUUGGAAUUGGCUGCCAUCCAUAAUCUUCGUGCCGUAAAGCCAUUCUGCUGUGUAAGUGAUUGAACAAACUGUUUUUUUCUUUUGAACUUUCCAUUACUGUUCUCUCUACUGUGAUGUAAGAUGCAGAAAAUACUCAAAACUACCGAUCUAUUCUUACAAAAUCAUGAAGCAAAUCCUUUGUGUAACACCUAACACCCACCAUUUUUUUUCCUGAAUGAAAUAGAAAUCAAAACCAACCAGGUUACAAAGGUGUUACCAGGCUGACUACUUACAUUUAAUCACUUGCAAUAGUGGAUGCCCACACUUUUUGCUGUGGCUGACUAAAUUAGCAUAUUUUAUUCCCUUGUGUUUGUGGGCAUUUUAAGGGGCAUUCUUAGCAACGUAACCACUACAGUAAAUCGCAGUUAGUAUGGUGUAUAGAGAUACUGGGUAUCAUUUUCCCAUCUUAUACCUGCUGCAUAUGCUCCAUGCCUCCCCUUCCUUUUUGCAUCUAAACUUUGCACGUCACCUCUCCUCCCCCAACUUUAGUAUUUCUGUUUUACCUCCUCUUCCCAGAAGUGUUUUCAUGGUUGAUGGGUUCUGUACUCAUAAUAUCAUACUUAUCAUAUAUCGUACGUACUUGAUGCAUUCUAGUUUUGCUGUAUGUUCAUUUAUUUUUAUUUAAUGGGUGCCAAAUGGAUGACUGGUGCUUUUUAGGUGAUACCUCUAUUCAGUAUGGAUGAUACUUGAAAUAGGCAAUGUAUGCAUUUUAAAGGCACAGUCACUUUUCUGGGAAUUACAUGGCUGAAUAAAGCAUUGGAAAUUACCUAUGUCUUCUGUUAACUUUUAUUCAUGCAAUGCUUUGUUUUAUUAUAAAAUUAUGUUUACAAUUUAGCAAAUGACACCACAUUCCAGUUAAGUCAAAGCAUGGACAGGGAAAACAGAGCAAAUAAAUAGAAGAAAGAGAAGCAUUGUUUUGUCUACCUUUUUCUAUCUAUGCAUUCUGUAUGGUGACUGCCAAGUGCAAAGGAUAAAGCUUAUAACAAGGAACCAAGAUGGAGGUGCCCAAUUUUAGAAUAGAGAGGUCUUGAUUUCCACCUUUGAAUUAAUUCUUCACACCUCACAAACACAUAUAAGUUAAACACAGGGAACAGAUAAACAUAAUAUUUAAAGUUCUGGCAGGUGAGAGUUCCUCUUUAAAAAUAAGAUUGUACACUUCGCCACUUGCCGAGCUCUGAGUCCGAGAGGACCCCCAGACGCACCACCAAGAGAUGUCAUAUGCUGCAUGGAGGUAUUUGCAGAUAAAGAAUCUGUGCUGCGGGCGGCCAGGGAGAAGGACGUUAUUCGCUACAGGCAAGCUGACCCACGGCUAUACCCCAACCUCUCCCAGGCUACAUUGCAGUACCGGAGACUGCUCAGGUCCCUAACCGUUGCCCUCCAGGCGUCAGGAACCAGGUACCGCUGGCUCCUUCCAUCUGGACUAUCUGUGACCACACCAGAAGGAUCUGUAGUGAUACGUACUCAGGCAGACUUUGUUAAUUUGGGGACUCUCAUUUCCAUCCCCCCUGUUGAACAUGAAAUGGCCUUACCCCUCAGACUUUUACUUGCCUGAAGCCAGGACGCCUCUGGCCUUACCCCACAGGGACCGACAACCCCGCCAAGCAACCACCCGAGCAGCUGGGGCCCCAUCAUAAACAGACACCCCCUGUGACGCUUCACCUGCAUGCCCUCACCCACCGCGAUGACCUCCUGGAGUACCGACUCUGACUAACCGUUGAUAAGUACAUGAAGAAGAUUAAAAAUAAGAAAAGGGCAUUUAAAUCAGACAACUUAUAGGCAUCGUAUUUAAGAUAUAAGGAAGCCAAUAACGCUUGCAAAAAGGCAGUGGCUAAACUAGAAAAUGAGAAAUUUAUAGCUAAAGAAUGCAAAACCAACCCCAAAAUUUUUUUCAAGUACAUCAAUUCUAAAAAAACAAAAAAUGAAAGUGUAGGUACACUUGAAACAGAGUUGGGUUUAUUAGCUAAUGAAGACCAGGAAAAAGCAGAAAUUUUAAAUAACUAUUUUUCUUCAGUAUAUAUUAAUGAGGAUCCUAUGGCAAGAGAUAUGCAAAUGAUUGCUGCAAAUAACUUGUGAUUGGAUAACUCGAGACAAGGUGCUACAGCUAUUAAGGAAAAUUAAUGUAAAUAAAGCGCCGGGGCCUGACGGUAUUCACCCACGAGUACUUAAGGAGCUAAGUGGGGAAAUAAGUGAACCUCUGUAUUUAAUUUUUCAAGAUUCUUUUGUUUCAGGUGUUGUACCGAAGGAUUGGAGGAAGGCAGAUGUUGUUUCUAUAUUUAAAAAGGGUUCAAAAUCCUUGCCUGGAAAUGAUAGACCUGUGAGCUUAGCUUCUGUAACUGGGAAAAUAUUUGAAGGGCUAUUAAGGGAUAAUAUUCAGGAAUUCAUUGGGAAGAACUUUGUUAUUAGCAAUAAUCAGCAUGGUUUUAUGAAACAUAGGUCAUGUCAAACUAAUCUAAUUGCAUUUUACAAAGAAGUAAGUAGAAGUAUAGAUCAGGGUGUUGCAGUGGAUGUGAUCUACUUGGAUUUUGCCAAGGCAUUUGAUACAGUUCCUCACAAUAGGUUAGUCUUCAAACUAAAAGAAAUUGGUCUAGAUGAAUAUUCUUGUUCUUGGGUAGAACAUUGGCUUAAGGAUAGAGUACAAUAAGUUAUAAUUAAUGGUAAAUUUUCAGGCUGGACAAAGUGGUAAGUGGUGUCCCUCAGGGUUCUGUUUUGGGACCACUUCUAUUUAACAUAUUUAUAAAUGAUCUUGAAAUAGGCAUUGAAAGCCAUGUAUCAGUGUUUGCAGAUGACAAAACUUUGUAAAGUAAUAAAAUGUGAGCAGGAUAUUGCUUUGCUGCAGAUAGAUUGGGGAACUGGGCACUAAAAUGGCAGAUGAAAUUUAAUAUAGAGAAAUGCAAAGUUAUGCACUUCGGGGUUAAGAAUGCACAAGCAACUUACACCCUAAAUGGUAGUGAAUUAGGGAUAACCACACACGAGAAGGAUUUUGGAAUUGUUAUAGACAACAAAUUAGGCAGCAAUAUGCAAUGUCAAUCUGCAGUUGCUAAGGCCAGUAAGAUUUUGUCAUGUACAAAUAGGGGCAUAAAUUCUCGGGAUGAAAAUAUAAUUUUGCCUCUUUAUAAAUCGCUGGUAAGACCACACCUUGAAUAUGCUGUGCAAUUUUGGGCGCCUGUUCUAAAGAAGGAUGAUAUGGCACUGCAGAGGGUCCAGAGACGAGCUACAAAAUUGAUAUAAGGAAUGGAGCAUUUUAGUUAUGAAGAAAGGCUAAAAAAAAAAAAAUUAAAUCUGUUUAGUUUGGAAAAACGGCGCCUGAGAGGGGAUAUGAUAACUUUAUACAAAUAUAUUCGGGGCCAGUACAAACCUUUUUCUGGAAAUCUAUUCAUAAACAGGGCUAUACAUAGGACACAAUGUCACACAUUUAGGCUGGAAGAAAGGAGAUUUCAUCUAAGGCAAAGAAAAGGUUUUUUUACAGUAAGAACAAUAAGGAUAUGGAAUUCUCUGCCUGAAGAGGUGGUUUUGUCACAGUCCAUACAGAUGUUUAAACUGAAAUUGGAUAAAUACUUACAAAAACAUAACAUACAGGAAUAUAAUUUCUAAUUAGUGGGGUAAUAGCUGCUUGAUCCAAGGAGACAUCUGACUGCUAUUUUGGGGUCAAGAAGGAAUUUUUUCCUAGUUUGUGGCAAAAUUGGAAACGCUUCAGACCAGGUUUUUUACCUUCUUUUGGAUCAACAGCAACAACAUUUGUGAGGAAGGCUGAACUUGAUGGAUGCAAGUCUCUUUUCAGCUAUGUAACUAUGUAAGAAGUGCGACCCCCACUCCCUUAACCCCUCUUCCCCAUCAGUUUCCUUGCCCCCUCUUUCCUCCCCGAAAUUUCCCUCUCCCUUCCCCCUCAUCUCCUCUCCCUUCCCCCUCCCCUCCCUGUCCUCCUACCUCCCCCCUCCUCUCCCUUCCCCCUCGUACCUCCUCCCCUUUUAAUUUAAGCUAUUUAUGCACAGUGGGCAGUUUAAUACAUUAAAAUUGAAGGAAAUUCAAACAAAACUGACCCUGACCCUAUAGUGUUAAACUAACUAUUUACCCCUCCCUGGCUCCCCUUUAAAGCUAGUAAAAACUCACACUGUGCAGAACUGCCCCAGGAAGCACCUCUAGUGGCCGUUUAAGGAGUGGCCACUGGAGGUUUCCCUAGGUUGUAAUGUAAAAACUGCCUUUUCUCUGAAAAAACAGUGCUUACUGCAAAAAGCCUACCUGGACUGACUAUAAUCACCUGAACAAUUACAUUAAGCUGUAGGUUUUCUGGUGACUAUAGUGUCCAUUUAGGCUUGUACAAUGAAAGCUGGGAUAGUGUGCAAGUAACUUUUCUUGACUUUUGAUAAUUUUGAACUGAAUAUUCUAAGCAGCCACCCCAGCUUGAUGUUCGUUAAAAGCCACAAACACACCAAGCAUCACAAAAUAAGACCGGAUUGAAUCUGACUCUCUGUGACCUGAAUUAAAUAAAUACUGUACUACUUUACGAUUUUCAGAAUACCAGAAUUUAUAGAAGCACUCUUGUUUGUGUUCAAAGUAAGUACUGAAGUGGAUGCAUAACCCAGUGUAAGUAACACAAUAUUAAGGGACACUAUAGUCAACAUAUAAAAGCAAAAAAGACAGGUCCCCCAGCCUUCUUUUUUGCUUUUAUAUGAACUUGCCAUAAAAAAAAAAAAUCUGAGUAAGUUUUAAUAAUAAAACUAACCUCCGUUCCAGCGCCGAGCUCCCCGCAAAAUGACAAAAUCGCAGGGCCCAAUAGGACGCUUCUCCUUGAGAAGCAUCAUCGCGAUGUGGUGCGCAUGCGCGGUUGUGGUGCGACUGACAGCUCAGCUCGCUUUCUAUACCCGCCCCCCUCCUCAGCCAAACUGUGUGUUUGCAUGUUUGCAUAGAAACACUAUAUAUAGAGAUCUCUCUAUAUAUAGUGUUUCUAUGCAAACACACAAGUAGUUAAAAAUUAAAGACAUACACACACACUCUUUCUCCAUCCUUAUCCAUCCAUCAUCCAUAUCCAUCCAUCCCCAUCAUCCAUAUCAUCAUCCAUCCCCAUCAUCCAUAUCCAUCCCCAUCAUCCAUAUCCAUCCCCACCAUCCAUGCCCAUCAUCCAUAUCCAUCCAGUUACCCACUCACACUCACUAAAUAAGUUUACUUACAGUUUGAAUCCUCCCCUCCUCCUCGGCCUCCGGUCUUCAGCUUGUCCGCUUAAGCCACUCCCACGCAGACAGGAUGUUCGUGCACAGUGCUGCCAGAGCUUCCCUGAGCUCUGCUGACUGCAGAUCUGAGUGGAUGGAGGCGUUUUAUGCCUCAAUCAACUCGGAAGUCCCUCUGGUGGCAGUUUGAGUGACUGCAACUGGAGGUGUCCCUAGCUUUGAAUGUAAACACUGUAUUUUCUCAGAAAAUACAGUGUUUACAUGAGAGAGGCUGCAGGGAGCUAUAGUUCUCACCUGAACAACCUCAUUAAGCUGAAGUUGUUCAGGUGACUAUAGUGUCCCUUUAAGGAAAGUCAAAUGAUGACUAUCGUUAAUGUAUGUUGACAACUGUUAAACAUGGUGGGAGAUUUGUAACAGCAUUGGCAGCCACCUCAUGGGAGCCAUUUUGUACAGUGAUUGUUUUGAUUGGCCAUGUAAUGACCAUGGACUAUGAGGUCAUUUUACAGGUUCACAAACACUGUUACUUUGUGAUGUUCACAUACCUUUGGAUUUACAGUGCUUACAUGCAUAUAACGAACAGUGAAAAUCAUUUGUGGUGUAGUAAACACCAAAAUAGAGUUAAAUGCCCUUCAUAGCCUCUCCAAUCACCAUAUCAUGUUACCACUGAAAGGUUAUGAACUAGACACCUUUCUUCUUGAACAGUGGUGCAAAAUCCCAUGAAAUGAUAUACUGGCAUUGAAUAAAAGAAUUUCAAGAUGGAUUGGUUCUUAGUGACCGUAGGCAUUACUAGUUCCUUACUAUUAAUAUAUAGUAUGGUGUUUUUGUUAAAUUAUCUACUGUCAAAGUAAAAACGAUUCCGUACAGCAUUGUACUAUAAGCAGGUGGGACUGGGCUGCGCUGACAUGUAUAGCCAUGUCCACAGUCCCACUGUUUCCCACUACAGGUGGGUGGAACUAUUCUUAUGGCACAGAUGGGGGGGCAGAGAUAGGAACACACAAGGGUUGAAGUGGUUGGACUGACUGACUGAGGGAGGUGAAAAACAUGAGCGUCGGGUGGCGAGAAAGAUGAGAAUAGGAAGAGCUUGGAGAGACACCAGGGAGUAGAGUUGGUUGUUGGGAGGAAACAUAUGUAAGAGGAAUAGACCCAUAAGGGGAGAGGCACAUAGGUGGGGAGAGAUGUGUGAGAGACAAGUGAGAGUGAGGCACAAAUAGAAGGGGAGAAAUAAAUGGGGAAAGAUGAGAGAGAUUGAAUUUGGGGAAAAAUAGCAUUGAGAGAGACGAUUGAAGGGCAGAAGAUGGAGUAUGGCAAAAGAGGGAACAGAAUGGAAAGUAAGAUACAAGUGGGGGAUAGAACAAUAAGCAAGAUACAAAUUCUGUUUUUCUAAUCAGAGUGUGUGGGCUUUGGAUUCCCACAGAAAUAGUUUUUUUUGUGUUUUUUGUUUGUUUGAGGGGUGUUUUUUUUUUUUUAUAAACUACUUGAAAAUAGUGUGACAAAAAAAACAGCUGAAAUAUGCAUUAAUAUCCUCCUUGCACGUUAACUAUUACAAUAAGCUGUGGGGGGCAAAUCUUCCCUGGGUGCCAAACACCCUAGUUACACCUCUGGUUCAGUGAAUGCUUUCUCACUCAGGCUUUUAUCAAGAAUUAAGAUGCAGAGACUGUAUUUUCUCUGAAGUGCAAGAUAAAGUGUAGAAAACCUGUUCAUUGGGCCCUGAUCUGGAAAAUAAGUUCCAAGAAAAGCCUGUUCUCUGAACUGGGAAGUAAAGUACAGGAGAGGCCUGCUCACUCAGCUGCAUCUUAAUUUCCUUCUCAAUCUUACCCCAAUUAAUUUUCACAAACUGAAUCUCAUGAUGCUACAGGCUUAAUAUGCUGCCCAGCAUACCAACCAUAAAACGGAAUAAAUAAAUAAAUAUAAUCUGCUAGUAUUAGGAAGGAUCCUUUGUAAUGUUUAUUAUGAAUUAUGUCAAGGAGAGGGUUAAUAUUACACACUGAGUGAAGGCUCAGGUCCAUACGAUCUCUCAGCUAUCAAUAUUAUUACCAUGCUCUUUAAGCUCCAUAUCCUUUCUGCCCAUGGUGGAGGGUUUGUGUUAAUUACUUGAAUGCUGCAGCAUUUCCUGUUUUAAUUGUGUUUAGCUGGAUGUGGAUAUGUCUACAUAAAAAUCAAAACAUGCAGAAAAGUUAAUUUCCUUGCUUGCCAUCAAUAAAAUAUAUAUAUUUGUAUGUUGGGGUGCAGAAGGUGUUUGCUGCCCCCUGGUGGACUUAUCAGAUCCAACUUUCUAUCCAGUUGUGUGUCCUCUGUCAUGGAGCACAGGAAGGUUGAUUUGUGUUAAUGAAGAGGUGCAGGAAUUGAGGCAUUGGUCCCCUACUGUGUUCUAGCACUCUGAGUCUGCAUGUGUGUGGUGACUCAGAAGGCAGAGCAGGGACAUUUGACCCCAUUUAUUAGCCUCACGAGGUGCUAUUGAGUUAAGAGGACUGAGGGUCAGCUGGAAGGCAGCGGUCACACGCCGGUCACAUUCAGCAGGUCAUUCCUUUUCCAAGACAGAAAGCAAUCGUCUAGAACAAGUAGUGGCAGCCUUAUUCCUGCCAGGUAAUUCUUAUAAAUGAGAGCAGACACCAAGUAAAGAUCAGGGAUGGAGGAGACUGUGUUAAUGUAGACACUUUUUGCAAAGCCAGUGUAAAAAAAAAAGAACAGGCCUUGUAAUAGGCAGAUUGAAAAAUAAAAUAAAUAUAUUGUGUGUGUAUAUAUAUAUAUAUAUAUAUAUAUAACAUAAUAAUUGGCAGCACACAGAGGACUUACAAAACAAGAGUCAUUACUAAUACAUGUCCAACACAAUGGAUGUUAAAACCAUAUAGGGUCAUUAUCAGGACAUGUAUUAGUAAAGACUUGUUUUGGAAGUCCUCUGAGUUAAUUAUGUUUAUUCAUAUUUGUGCAGGUUAGCAACUAGGCAUAUUGAAGAUUACAGAUAUUUGUUAUAUUAUUUAUUUUUAUUUGUGUGUCUAUAUAUAUAUAUAUAUAUAUAUGUGUUACAAACUAAGAAUGCAGUUGGUAAUAUAUUAUGCAAACUGUGUCAUAACACACAAUCACACUGUCACAAGACUAGCAGUAGCUAAAAAUGCUAGGCUUUGCAGCCACUUGCGUUCCCUGAACCAAACCUUUACUUUUGAUUCUUUUUUUUUCGCUCUUACCCCGUGCAAUUGUGAUUUUACUAGUUAACUGGGUUCACCUGAAGAGGCGUCCUUCUUGACUUACCUUUUUUGUUACAUGUGCCAUUGACUUGAAAGUUUACUGCACAUUAAGGUAUUCAUACAUUCUUUUUCAUUCAUUUGGAUUUUUUUUUUUUAUUAUUUUUUUUUUUAAACCAAGAUUCAUUGAUAUUUGCAUAUGUUGAAGUAUAGGACGCUUUAUUAACAUGCGUCAGUUAUUUAAUCUCUCCCAUGGGUCCUGCAGCCUCUUGUGUGCUUCCAGCGUGAGUUUCAAAUUACGAACCCCAGCUAUUCAUCCAUUUAGAUGUAGCAUGGAUGCAACUGAUAGGAUAAAUAAAGCAAAAUUAUUCUGGUAAAUAGAGUAUUUAUUGAUACAAAUCUAACUGUAUAUAGUGUUAGGCAAAUAGGUUUUGACUACUAUAUAUGAUAUAAAAUAUUAGACAUUCCACACAGGCACUGCCAGACCACUCUAGUAGACAUGACAGGAUGGCAAUUUGAUCAGUAACAGCUGUAUGUCAUCAGACGUGUUCCCUGGCACUGAACUAAUUAACAAAAGACUGCAUAUAGAACAGUGUAUUUAACAUAUCAGAAAAUACAGAAACUUCGAGGGUUCCCUAAUAAAGUAAAGAAGAGAAAUAGAGAAUACAAAAAACACCCAGCUUUCACCAAAAACGGUUUUCACCAAUAUCCAGACGCAAUAAACAAAAACACUUUUAUUAAAACUGGUUUGAUAAAGGCCUUAGGGGGCCAAAGCAUCACCCAUGUACUUGGCACCUUAAUAAAGGAUCUCUCGUCUUCAAGGUUUAUUCUGGACUGUUUGUUUUUGUCCCUAUUAAAGAGAAAAGAACAAAAUAAGAAACCACAACAAAGCAUUAGAAGCAUAAAGCACUUUGAAAUAUUCUUUAAGUUUUAUAUUAUAUUUUAGUAAUAUGUUUCAACUGGCCUGCCAUCUUUGAUAUGUGAAAUCAAGGCAUUUGUGUAUCCAUGCUCCUUAUUGACAUACAAGUAGUAAAGUAAGCUGCUCAUUUAAUAAGAAAAUGCACACAGUGAACAGCCAUGUAGGAAAAGGAGGCCAGGUGCAUUACUGUAUAUAUUAUGUUACAAGCUCAAGAAAACCGUAAAGAAAUUGUAAAUGUUAAAAUUUCUUAUUAACUGACAAUGUUAACAGAAAAUAUAGUGACAUGUUUGUUUUUUCUUGCAGUUUAUUCAUGUUUUUUUGUUUUUGGGUGAUAGGCAGAGAGUGUCAGAAACCUCAUUUUUAAUUAAUGAGGGGUAGAAAGGUUUAAGAUUUAUUAAGUAAAAGACUGUAAUACAGAGCUACCGACAUUCUGUGCUUUCUCAAGUCAUCCGUGUUUCUAACAAACUACUUAAAACUAACACAUUCUGCAAUGUGUAAGGCAGCUCAUUUUCCAGCCUAGACUCGGUCUCUUCGCACUUCUUUUACUAUAUCACUCAUAUUUCCUUGUCAUCUAUUACUUAAAUAUGUUCUUUGAAACACCUUACAUCUCUUCAGGGAAAACACACGAUUCCAUGAAAAUAAUUUAUUCUUUCCCCUGGGAAGUCGGUCUUGUUUGUACUUCUUUUUGCUUUUGCUUUUUUUGUAGUCUGCAAAUUGGUGUAGCCAUUUGUUCUUUGUGUUGCAGCUCAUCAAUACUACAUCUAUCAAAUAGCACUUGUCCUGUACAGAUCCCUGAGGAAUACACUAGUAAGGUUUACUUAUUUUGUAAGCACUUCAUAUACAAAUUGUAUCGAUCACUGAAGGAAGGCAUGUUUUUUAAUACUUAAAAACAAAUCUCCGUAGUUGGGGAGCAUUUGUAAAACUUGGAUGGUAUGGCAAACCAAAAGAUUUACAGGAUAGGUAUUCAUGUGCUGAGAACUGGAGGGGCACUUUAUCUCAGGACCUCUAAAGGUACCCAGAGCACUUUAUCUCAAUGACAUGGUUGACGCUGCAAGAGUCAUAGUGGCAGCAGCACAAAGGGAGUCUUGACGCUGGAGAAAAGGUAAGUAAAACCUUCAUUAAGCUCUAUUUUUAUUACAUGUGGGGCAGGGGGAGCCACUAGUCAAAAUAGGUACUAUAGCAUUAGGAAUAUUGGUUUAUAUUCCUAGUGUUAUAUAGUUACUGUAAAGAAACAUCUCAUUGAAGUGGUCAUGGUGAAGUGCCCCUGUCGUCCUAACUCUGCAGGUGAACACAAUGUGGUUUCAGAGAAAGUGCAAUGUUUGCAUUGCAUGGUUAAGGCAACCUCUAGUGGCUGCCUUCCAGACAGCCACUAGAGACACUUCCUUGAUUCUCAAGGAGUUUAACUCUGUGAAACAACAUCAUCAGAAUCCCCAUACGAAAGCAUUGAUGGGGCAGCUCUAAAGCUUGCCAUGCAUGUGCACUAUGAUCAUCAAUCCAUGAUGUUGCUGGAGGAGAGCGACCACACACUGAUCGACUUUGGCGCUGGAAAUAAGGUGAGUGUUAAAAGGGUUUUUAACCCUUUCAUGCGCACAGGGGUCUAAAGUAUUAGAGAUGGGUCAUACUAUAGCAUUAGGAAUACAGUUUUUUUUACUCCUAACGCUAUAGUAUUCCUUUAAGUACACCUGUAAAUCAGUAUAUAAAGUGUACAGAGCUUGUUCAACGCAUUAGUUGUUAGACCAAAUGUUAGAAUGGGGUCAAUUUGACCAUGGUAUGAUUUUUUUGGAGUGAGAUGUGUUAGUGUCAAAAACCUUCUGUAACUACCAUAGUCUCUAGAAACAUGUCUACAUGUGUAGUAUCACACAUAGCACGCCAUAAUAAUCUCACCCUCCCUCUUACCCACCUACCUUCCCAGAGUUCUGAUCGCCGUCUGGGGGUCUGCUUGGCAACCCUGGCAGUUCCCCUGCAGCCAAUCGCGGCUAUGUGAAACAUGUGAUUGCUGUGACAGCCUGUCACUGUGAUCAUUGUUACAAUGUCUCAGCCUAUGAUUUGUAACAUUGGCUGAGAUUUUGUGUCUGCCCCUUCUUCUUCUUCUUCACUUUGAUCUGAGGUGAGAGAGGCAGAGAGAUCAUUGCUAAACUGUGCUUAAAGUGUUCAAAAGUGUUAUAUAAAAAUUCUAAAUUGGUUUUAUUUAUUAUUAACCAUGUGAUCAGUCGUAUUGUAAUCAUUAGUACUAAUGAUUUUUUUUUUUAAUUUAUGUAAUUUUGUACCCUUUUUAUCAGCUACAAGUUUUUUUUUGUUUUUACCUCUUCCCUGCGGCCUGAUUACUCUACUGUACAUUAUCUGUGCUGUACGGUACUGUAUCAGUGAUCCGUGUGAUCCAAGGACUCUCUGACUAAGCAGGCAUUUCUAUGAAAUGAAAAAUAACCCUUUGUGUGCUGGUCACAGCUGUUGGUUCUGCGAUCAAAUAUUUUAUUUUAAUGUUUGCGUUUUCUGUCGGUGGAAGUAGGAUAUGGGGGUGGGUGAGGUAGUGGAUAUUUGGCAGGUAGGCAAAUAAAUUAAUCCCCCUAAGAUGGAACGCUAUUAUAUGGUAGAGGAGGCGUACACUAUUCUGGCAUGUUCAGAUAGUGACACUCUCGCAGACAGUAACACUGAAUGCCUCCAACAUUGAGAUUUGGCGAGUCCUGCAGUAAUGGUGCCCCACCACCAUCUGCAAGAAGGUGCUUAGGAUGUCUCGCAGUGCCAGAGGAAAGCUGGUUACCCCCAAACUUUACUGCCCAAGAAAUUCCCCUUUAACGGCUAUACCUGGCAUCACAACAGAUGUUUGUGAGCCAGAGAACUAUUUAAGGCUCUUUAUGUCAGACAGAAUAUUUGAGCUGAUGGUUGAACCAAUUUGUAUGCCAGCCAGUAUCUGUCUGCAAGUCCAGGAUCACACUACAGUAGAAAAAUUAUGUUGCAGAAAUGAAAACAUUGCGGGCACUAAACUUAGUAAUGGAUAUUGUGGAAAAGCCAAGUAUCAGGUCCUAUUGGCACAAACACGUAAUCCCAGUUACACCUCUUUUCGCAGGGGUUAUGAAGAGAGAUCAUUACAAGCAAAUGCUGUGAUUUCUCCAUUAUAACAAUAACUUACUGUGUCCCCCUAGAAACUACCCAUUGUUUCACAGGCUCUACAAAAUGUUGCCCCUUAUCUAACUCCUCUCUGACAAAUUUUCCUAAAAUUAUAUCCCAGACUAAAACAUUUGUAUUGACAAAUUUAAAGAUAGACUGCUUUUGAAACAGUUUAUCCCAUAAAGGCAGUCACCAUAUGGCAUCAAAUUUUAUAAUUUAUGUGAAUCCACUACUGGCUAUACAUGGGCAUUUUGGAUUCAUCAAUGGAUGGAUAGCCAUCUUGGCCCACCAGAAUGCCCUGCUUCUGUGGCACAAAUGGCAAGAUAGUUUGGGGGUCUUAUCUUUUCCUUGUUAGAUAGGGGUUAUUAUCUAUGCUCUGGAAGGGAAAGGGGUAAAAACUUACCUUUUUCCAGCGCUGGGCGGGGAGCUCUCUGCCUCCUCUCCUCCUCCGAUCCGCCCCGUCGGCUGAAUGCGCACGCGCUGCAAGAGCCGUGCGCACAUUCAGCCGGUCGCAUAGGAAAGCAUUCAUAAUGCUUUCCUAUGGACGCUUGCGUGCUCUCACUGUGAUUUUUACAGUGAGAAUCACGCAAGCGCCUCUAGCGGCUGUCAAUGAGACAGCCACUAGAGGAUUUGUAGGAAGGCUUAACCCAUUGAUAAACAUAGCAGUUUCUCUGAAACUGCUAUGUUUAUAAAAAAAAAAUGGGUUAACCCUAGAAGGACCUGGUACCCAGACCACUUCAUUAAGCUGAAGUGGUCUGGGUGCCUAGAGUGGUCCUUUAAGUCAUGAAGACAUAUAAGAUAGACUUGAAACUUUGUAUAAAACAAACAGCUGAGCUGAAAACAAGGCAACAAUGUAUAGCAAAGGAAAGUAUCAAAUGAACAAUGGAACCAUUCAUAAAUUGCAACAAAAUAAGUUCAAUAAAGAGAAAAGAAAUGUUGUAACAAGUCCCAGCAAACAGAUUCUUUAUGCAGGUAGUCUAUGAGAAUAGCAUGCAGACGAGACUACUAGCAUCCAAGCCUCCUAUUUAGGUGGAUCCUUGGUUUGUUGGUCUUGUCUUGGAGUACGGCUAUAGUCUGUAAAAAACAAAACAGAGAACAGUUAUCAAUAGGCUGAAUAAGCACCAGAUAACCUUAUGUUUUAGAAAAACAAACUACCACCAGCAGGCAAAACCCUUAACUUAAAGGAGGGUGGGACGGGCGCUAUUGCUAGGUGGUUAUGCUCAUCCCUAAGACAAAGAAAGUUUGCAGAUCAUAGAUUCCUGCAAACUCUGAUUUGUCCUCCGGGAGGCAUAACCACCUAGCAAAGCUUGUGGGUAGAAUAGCACACACCUGGUGGUGGUCCUAAGAAACUGAAGGCGUUCAACUUCUGACAACCAUCUAGCAGCUUUCAAGAUAGUAGGGAGAGGAAGGCCCUUUUCUGCUGCUUUAGUAGCCGAGGCUCCCCUAAUUGAAUGGCUUUUGAACACGGAAACAUCAAUACCUGCCGAAGACAUGGCGGGAAAGUAUCCAGCCUCUAAUUCUAUUAACCUUGCCUGGACGAAAGGGAUUCCUUGAUGUAAUGAAUAAUUGACUGAUAUUUCUAAAUACAGCAGAAAGCUGAAGGUAUUAUUGUAACAAACUGACUAAGCCUGGUUCGGAAGGAUCUUGAAAUCCAAAUCCAAUUCUACCGGACCAGGAGAAAAAUUGGAUGCUUUUUGUCUGCCUUUUAGUAUAAUAUGGGAACCUCCCGGGGUCCUGGACAUCCAAGGAUCUGAAAUAGGGAUUUGAGAUAACUCUGCUCCUCUAGCUGCCAGGACCAAGGACAGCAGAGAAGCCAAUUUAAUAGCAGUGCAUCUUAAAUCAAUUUUAGCAUUAUCCAAAGAAUUAAGGAAAUUUAAUCAGAUGUCUACAUCCCAAGUAGAUGUGUAGCGUGGGGUAUAUGGACGGCAGACGGAUAACCCUUUUAGUAAUCUCAAAUACAGGGCAUCCUGAGUAAGGUUGGGGAUCAGGAAGUUUAAAGCAGAUCCAUAGGUCUUGAUUGAACUGGCAGAUAAACCAGAAUAGAACUUAAGGGUAAGAAAUUCUAAAGUCAAUGGAACGGUAUCAGAUCCCUGUGUGUUAGACAGAAAAGAAACAUCCCAUUCUUUGAAUUCCUCGAUCAUCUUUCUAUAUCUUACCCUAGUUCUACGUCUUAAAGAUGAGUUAAUAAUAUCCAAGACCUGAUCCGAUAAAAGGGGAUGUGUUAACAGCCUACCAGGGCUGCGAUCCACAUCAGCUGCGGGAGCUUGAGCAGAAGAUCGCUGGUUCCCUGAAAGCAGUCCACUGUCAUGCACAAUGGGAUCUUGGUUCCAUUGACUAACUGAUGGAUCAACGGAUACCAGGGUCUCGAGGUCCAUACUGGAUAAACAAGAACUAAGCUCUGUACCCUGUCCCUGCGGAUCUUCUCCAGCACUUUCAUCAGUAAAGAUGGAGGGGGGAAAGCAUAAGGGGCUGGAACAUCUAUCCAUUGGAAAGACAUUGCAUCCAUUUUCCAAGCUCCCUUUGUCCAGGUCCGGGAGACGAACCUUGGAAUUUGUGCAGAUGUUUGGGAUGCAAACAGAUCUACCUGUCUCUGGUCAAAAUUGCUUUCUAUCCAUUGGAAUAGAGCAAUCUUUAAUUGAAUCGUUGCCAGGGACAAACUUUGGCGAGAGAGAGAGUCUGCAAGCUCGUUCGCCUCUCCCGGAACGUAUUCUGCAAAAACCUGAACAUUGCUUGCUAAAGCCCAAGACCAAAGAUCUAGAGCCUCUAAACCAGUGGUAGUCAACCUUUUUUUUACCUACUGCCCACUAAUGCAUCUUUCUUGAUGGAAAUAUUUCCUUACCGCCCACCAGUUUUCGCACAAGUGCAGAAUAUUUUUUAGAAAGGAGGGUGUUUUUAAAAAAAAUAAAUGUACGUACAUUUAUCUUUUUAUUUCUACUUAAUGCAUGUUUAUAAUAUUUUUAACUUUAUAAAGUUUAAUGAGAAAACAAUAAAGUAAACUGAAAUUACCUUUACUAGUGAUUAAUGAGAUCCUUGAGGUUGAUGCUGCGAGACUAAAUGUUUGAUAUCUGGUUCGAUUUUCGUAAGGAACAAACAAAGGUCUCCUCUUUCGGUGAUAUUCAGACUUCUUCUCUGUUUGCGCAUAAUAUGAUUUCUUAUCUGUGCAUCAGCUCAUCUCCUCCCCACCUUUUUUUUCCCCUUUUUUCUAUUUUUUUUUUUUUUUUUUUAUAAUUCUUUAUUUUUGUUGUGCUUAAGCUUAUAACAAUCGCUCUAAAGGUACCCCAAAGGCAAUCCUCCAGCGCAUUAAAACAAUCAAACAUAGAGGUACAUAAUAAAACAAGCACAUUUUUUAAAGUUAUACACAAUCUAGUUUUACGUUACUUAGGUAGUGUUAGGAUAUGACAGAACUUUGUUAGAAAGUUGACAAUCAGAUUUAAUAACUUGCUAAUGUUUCUUCAGGCUUAGACAUUUCUAUAGUAAGUUAAAAGUUAAACUGGCUUAAACUUGCGUUGUUUUAGUUUCGCUAUAAUAAGUAAUAUAAUAAGUGUUUCAGUCGUUCUCACUAACAUCGCAGCAGGUUAUAUCUCAGUAGGACAAACAGAGAGCGCGUUUACUCUACGCUGUUCUUUAUAAGCACUAUGUUAGGUUACACAUAUACACGUAGUAGUAUUUUAGGCAUUCUCGCUAACAUUGUAGCAGGUGAUCUCUCAGUAAAACAGAUAAAGAUCCCCUUUACUCUGAGCUGUACUUUAUAAACACUGUGCUUUGUUACAUAUAAAUCGCUUGCUUAGCUCCGACAGGUGAGAGGCUUGCGUUGCCCUAUCCAGUAACUGCACAUCUAAACAAUAAAAAGCAGCAGGAGGAGAGAGUGUGCAAUAAAAGGCUGCCCAAAAAUAUACAGGACUUGGUAGUGAGACCGAAAAAUAAUAGUGAAAAAAAGCAAAAUAAUGUUCCGAGGCACAAUUUACUGGCACAUAUAUAGCAUAGUUCCAGGUGAGUGUUGAGGCUCUCUGCCGAUGGCGUCUGUGAGCUUGCCUCAUUGCCUGGUGUGUCGGUGGUCAGACGAUUCCUAUACUGGGCAGGGAAGUGCUUGGCGUCUGAAGUGUCUGUACGGCUUCUGCAAGUCCGGCUCCCCCAGCGGCUCGGUGUGGCAUGUCUGUUGCCCUUGCCGCAGCGUGCUGCUCGGUUUCAGCCCUGGGUCGCCGCAUGGGAGCGUGUUGCUCUGUGGUGUUGUGUUUUGGCGUGGUGCCGGGGCCUUGGGGGUACCCGUCCCUCACCUUAUCCCGUUUGUGGAGGUGGGUGUGUAUGCCCGGGUCGGAGAGGUUCGCUUCUCGCCCUGUCGUGGGUCGAUGCCUGUGUGGCCGGACUGCCUCCCUGAAGGUCCGCAGUGGGUCUCCAUAUCGGCGUCGGCGGGUCUCCGGACGAAUCCACAAGGCUACCACCCGUGCUGCAUGAGGGUAGGGCACUCCCCUGUCGCACAGUAUCCUGCAGAAAGCCGAGCAGAGCCGGUCUAGGGCUAUCAGAGGAUGAGGGUGCUCCUGGGUGAUUUUGCUUGUUUUCUUUAGUUGUCGGUGGGCGGCCAUUUUGGGCACACUCUGUCUGGCUCGUGCCUUUGCCGCUGUCAAGGUUGUCUCCCUUGCUUUCUGCGUUAGCCUGCUUGUCUUGUGGGGACCGGGAUAUCCCCCACCGGUCCGGGGGGGGGGUAGGAGUUCAGUUGUGCUUUCUAGUGUAUCUGGAGUCGAAGAGAGCGGCCGCCUCUCCCCUGCUCCAACUCCUGCAGGCCUCAAUUUGCAUUGCGGUCUAUGUGCCCCUACAGGAUCCAAAAGGGUAUCCCCCGAUUCUUUGGAGCUCCCCCAACGUGGGUAGAGCACCCUGGUAGGUCUUUGGGCUACACAGCUGAUGCCUUGUUUGCCUCGCGGCUAAUAUGCCCCUGGACUGUCCCCUAGCACUCGCUGGUCCACUUGUCUCCUUACCUUCUUACUAGCAGGCAGAAGCUCCUGGUAUAUAGUCUGGGACAGAGAAAGGCUGUAUGUAGUGAGUGUAGAAGAAAGGGAACAUGCCACAGUGUUAGAGGACCAAAGUCAGCAUUACCUUAAAGGAUCACUAUAGGGUCAGGAACACAAACAUGAAUUCAUGACCCUAUAGUGUUAACACCACCAUCUAGCCCCCGUGGGCCCCUCAUGCCUCCAUAAAUAUUGCAAAAUCUUACUGUAUUCAAGCCAGAAGCUGUAACUCUGCAUGCUGUUAGAUUCAGAAAAACAAGCAGUCUGCUGACAUCAUUAGAAGUGGUGGCCUAAUCCAAUCACAGUGCUUCCCCAUAGGAUUGGCUGAGACUGACAAGGAGGCAGAUCAGGGCAGAGCCAGCAUGAUUCAAACACAGCCCUGGCCAAUCAGCAUCUCCUCAUAGAGAUGAAUUGAAACAAUGAAUCUCAAUGAGGAAAGUUCAGUGUCUGCAUGCAGAGGGAGGAGACACUGAAUGUUUGGAUGCAUUUUAUGCAGCCAUGACCCAGGAAGGAUCUCUAACAGUCAUCUAAGGAGUGGCCAGUGAAGUUAUCACUAGGCUGUAAUGUAAACACUGCAUUUUCUCUGAAAAGACAGUGUUUACCGCAAAAAGCCUGAAGGUAAUGAUUCUACUCACCAGAACAAAUUCAAUAAGCUGUAGUUGUUCUGGUGACUCUAGUGUCCCUUUAACUAUAUUCAUUGUCAGACAGUCCACACAAGUUUUGUUCCCAUACAUCCCUCUUAAGUUUCCAUACUUAAGUAAGAGUAUGUGAAAAGUAGUUAGGGUUGCCACCUUUCUUGUAAAAACAUACCGGCCUUGCUAAUUUGCAUAAUUAAAUAUGUAUGGGUGACAUCACAUGAUGUAAAUCACAAGGAGUGUCAUAAGAGAAAAUGCUGUAAAAUCACCAAAAAACUACUUAGUUUGAUUCUGCUGUAUAGAUGGACUCCUCCCAGUGGCCCCAUGUCUCCCAGUGCCCCCAUAUGUCGAUUACUCCAGGUCUCAGUGUUCCUAGGUAUCAGUGUCUCAGUGCCCCAUGUCUCCCAGUGUCCCCUAGUGUCGUGUCCCCUAGUGUCGUGUCCCCAGGUCCCCCAGUGAUCCUAUGUAUCACAGUGUCUCAAUGCCCCAUGUCUCCCUGUGUCCCCAUGUAUCCCAGGGUCCCCAUGUAACUAGGAAGACGGGAAGACCUGGGGACACGAGGAGACCUAGGGACACGGAGACACCAGUGACACUGGGAGAGUAGGGGACUCUGGCUGGGACACAUGGGGACACUUGAAGACAUGGGGACACAGACACCAUGGACACAGACACUAGAGACACUGGCUGGGGGACAUGGGGGCAUUGGGAGACAUGGGGACAAGGAGACACCAGGGCCACAGACACUAGGGACACUAGCUUGGAGAUAUGGGGACAUUGAGACACUUGAGGCACUGGAAGACAUGGAGGCAAUAGGAAACAUGGGGACAGUGAGACACUGGCAGACUGGGGGCACUGAGACACCAGGGACACUGGCUGGGAGACAUGGGGACACUGUGUCCACAUGUGUCUGUGUCAUAAUGUCUCCCAAUGUCCCUUAGUGUCUCAGUGUCUGCCAUAAUGUCUCCCAGUGUCCCUUAGUGUCUCAGUGUCCCCAUGUCUCCUUGCAGCCUUUUCCCCCAUCCCUUACUUCCCUGAGCUGUAGGCUGUCUCUGCAGGGUGGGAGUUGCUGUCUGGACUUUCUGUAGCUGCACCCCUGCAGAUCAGUGAGUAUAGAUAGGCAGGGAGGGAUAUGCUGGAACUUCCUAUCCCUGCCUGUCUCCACACACAGCGACCCCUACUGGCCAGUGCUGGUAUUGCACAGUAAUCUCUUGUUUAUACUGAGAAAAAUACCAGCAUUUGUAUUGCCAGUAUCACUGCAAUAUUGGCACCAGCCAAGCAGCCUCAAAUACUGGCUGUGCCAAUAAAAUAAAAGCCAGGUGGAAUCCCUAAGAGUAGUGUGUGGAAAAAAUAAAAAUGUAAAAAAAAAUUUUUUUUUUUUUUUUUUUUUAUAAAUCAAUGGGCCUAUUCCAUGGGCCUGGGCCUGGAGCUGCAGCUCCAUCAGCCCCUAUGUUAAUCCGGCCCUGUUCCUUAUAGCAAUGCCCAGUAGGAAGGCUGAGCUAGGUAGCCCACUUACUAUAGCCCACUAUAACAGACAGGCACACAUACAUACAUACAGACACACGUACAAGACACACGUACAAAGACACAUACAGACACACAGACAGGCACACAUACACACACACAUACAAACAGACAGGCACACAUACAUACAGACACACAUACACGCACACAUACAGACACAUACACACAAGACACAUACAUACAAACAGACACACACAUACAAAGACACACACGUAAGACAUACAUAGACACAUACACACAUACAGACAGACACAAGACACACAUACAUACAAAGAUAUACACACACAACACAUACAUACAAAGACAAGAUACACAUACAUACACACAUAUAUACAGACAGACAUACAUACAAAGACACAUACACACACAAGACAUACAAAGACACACACACAAGACAUACAUACAAAGACACAUACACACAAGCAAACACACACAAAAUAUUUUAGUCACCCUCCUGUUUCCUACCUUUUAGGUGCCGGAGGGUGAUAUUCCCAGUGGUCCAGUGGUGGCUCAGGUGGAUGGGAGUCAGAGUUCCCACUCUGACUCCCUCUGCUUCCUCCCGCGUGGUCUGUGUGUUAGCUGGGAGGAGUGACGUGCAGUCACUUCCUCCCAGCUCUAUGAUGGGCCACCCGAUGGACCCCUUGGACGGCGACCCCAGGCCGCAAGUGGUGAUGGCGGUACCCGGUCGCAGGGGUACCGCCGGCUCGUGCCCGCCCAGUCUCUCAAAACGAGGAAAUCCCUACCGCCCACCUGGAAUCCUGAAACGCCCACUAGUGGGCGGUAGGGACCAGGUUGACGACCCAUGCUCUAAACAAAGACCCCUUAAUCUUGUGCCCCCUCUGUGGUUUAUGUAAGCCUGUUGUCCGAUUGUACUUUUACCGACGUCGGUGACUGGUUUAGAGGAACUAGGCCCUGGAGAGCUAAUUUUAUAGCUCUUAACUCCAAGAUGUUUAUAUGGAGGUGACUCUCUUGGUCUGACCAAAUUCCUCUUAUGGCGUUCCGGGCUGUAAAGGCACCACAACCGUGACUUGAGGCAUCUGAUGUCAGAGUGACUGCCACAGGCUGCUCUAACAGGGGACGAGGAAGUGGAAUUUCUGUCUCCAGAAUGGACUUCAUCUCUUCUCUGACCUUCUUGGGGAGAACGAAUUUUGAUUCCCAAUGGCCACCCUGUCUUAGUCGAUUCCCUAAAAACAACUGACUUCUUCUGCAAAGUAAGGGGGAAUUGUCGUAUGCUGGUGUAAAAGCUAUUAAUUUCCCGAUAAUCUUUGCUAGGUCUCUCAAGGACCAACUCUGGUGCCUGAGGGACGAGGUCAGAUGUACCAGUAAUUUGUCCCAUUUGUCUUGAGGGAUUCCUAGAGACAUAAUCCUGGUGUUCAGUAUGAAACCCAGAAAGAGGAUGCUUUGAGUGGGAAUUAAGACUGAUUUCUGCAAAUUUGCUACAAAUCCUAGGUCUUGUAUAAGGGAAGCAAGGUAAUCCCUUUGAGAAGCAAGGACUUCCCCAUCUGGGUGCAUGAGCAGGAUGUCAUCUAGAUAGUACAGACACAUGAAACCUUUUAGUCUGAUAUGAGCUAUCACUGAUUUCAUAAUUCUGGAGAAUGUGUAUGGUGCGUUAGAUAGGCCAAACACCAUAACGGUCCACUGCCACACUUUUCCUUUCCACUGAAACCUGAGAAAACACCUGUGUUUCUUGGCUAUGAGGACUGAAUGGAAUGCAUCUUUUAGGUCUAACUUUAUGCAGAAAAAAGCUUUCUGUACUAAACCUGGAAGAUCUGAUAAACCCUCCAUCCUGAACCUUUUCCUUUUGAUGAAAGCGUUCAAAGACAUUUAGGACCGGUCUCCAGGAACUGUCUGAUUUUGGGAUUGGGAACAGUGGACUGACCCAUCCUGUAAUAGACAUGUCUGUCAACUCUAUCUUCCCUUGACUUAAAGCUAAGGAAAGGGAGGCACUGAGUUUACCUCUCUGUUGGGUGCUAAUUUCUGAACUGGGAACCUUAAAAGUUGUAAACCCCUUUGAAAAAUCUUUAGAACCCAUUUGUCUGAGGAAAUAUCCUUCCAAUUUAGUGGCAUAUGAGGAGGCACACUUACUUGAAUGCAUGGGUUUUCUUUUGGAAGCUGAACCGCCUCUGGAAUGCGCUCCUCUGCCACCGCCCGGGAGCUUGUGUCUUCCACUGAAGUGGCGGUACUGGGCCUGGUGAGAGGCUUCUCGGGAUGCUCCUGCAGCCCUAUAGGGGUGACCCACUGUCCGAAAGGGCUUUUUGUAGCCAGGGACGGACUUCUUGAGUUCUGAAAAGGAUCUCCUUGCCUUGUAACGGCCUUUAACCUCCUGAAUGGACGAGGGACCGAAUAGUUAAGAAUCCUCCAAAUUUGGGAACUCAUGCGAUUUGGGGGCUAGGUCGGACAGACCUGCUGCAUGGAGCCAGCGGGAUCUGCGGAUGUUUGAUAUGUAAUUAAAGGAUUGGCCAAUAAUUAGCACUGCCCUGCCAGACGCUUUUAAAAGAGCCAUCUUAGACGCCAACAGAGAUGAAGCAGAAGGUUUCUGAGCAUUGCCUUAUUUUUCUGCCUUAUCCAGCAUCAGUAAUAGUGGGCCCACAGCAUCAGCAAUUUUGAACUGUAUAUUGCGAAAAGUCUGGUCUGUGGGAUCAGAGGAUACACUGCUCCCUGUGAUAGAUAACAGAGCAGGAUCUACCUCUGGAGCCAUUAAAGCCUGAAUGUCCAGGAUACCAAUGUGGUUCCUAAGGAGAAGGUCAUCCUCCUUAACCAAGGGGGAUUGGAAGGCUAGUUUAGCAAAAUCUCUAACCUCAGAAUCGUGCUCCAUAGCCCAUCUGGAGUGAAAUAAUUUUGAUGGGAGAGUAUUUCCUAGGAGACUUACUCUGGCCAUCUGAACAUUGCUUAGCUUCCCUCGCUCAGUGGAAGCUGCUGAACGAACCACUUCCUCGGAUUCCCAGUCUAUUUCUGGAGAGCCGUAUCUGGAACUGGAACGGCUUUGGGAGGAAGAGUGAGCUUAAUGCUCUAGAAGAUGGAGAGGGACUAUCUAACCUCCAACGAGAUUUGUCCUUUUUCUCUGGAAGGUGUUUCUGAUGCUCAAACGUGGGUCCUGUCCCCUUAAUUUUACGCUUACUCAAACGAGUAUGAGGGGAAGGAGGAGCAUAGAAGUUUUCAUCAGACGAGGAACUGGCGGAAGAGACCAGCCGCCUUCCUUUAUUCUUUUUGCUUAAAACUGGGACGAAAUCCUCAGAAGAUAAAGAGGAUAGAUCCCUGGCAAAGAAAGCUCUCUUAUGGAGCUUUCUAACAUUGAUGGGGCUGCCUUUAAGAGAGGCAUCCACUAAAUCAGUGGCAGACACAAAAAUAGAGUCCUCCAUCAAUGAUGCCAUUUUAAAAAUCUGAGGCAAUCAGGAUUCCCGCGCUCAGCACGGCUCUCCUGAUUACCGGAUUGGCUGAAAUGCUGUUGCUGUGCAGAUGCACAGCGCGAGCAUUUUCAGCUCUGGCAUUUGACUCCGGUGGUUAUGCCUCCCAUAGGACAAAGAAGUUAUAUCAUGUUCCGACUGUAUUUUCUUACCUAGUUUUGUGCCAUCUGAAAAAGCUGACAAAGGACUUUCAAUGCCCACUUCAAAAUUAUUUAUAAAGAGAUUAAAGAUAGGUGGACCUAGGACAGAACCCUUAGCCACUCCACUUACCACUUUGGUCCAAUUAGAAAAUUUCCCAUUUACAACUACUCUCUGUACUCUACCUUUAAGCCAUUGUCUAUCCAAGAAAAAAAAAUUUCAUCUAAACCAACUGAUAGUUAUACUAGUAAUUGUUUGUGUGGACCGGUUUUAAAUCCCUUGGCAAAAUCAAUGUAGAUUACAUCUACUGGAUAACCCUGGUCUGCUCUCUUCUUUUCCACUGCACUUUGUACUUCCCUUAAUGCUCUCCUUCUUUCCAAAUAAUCUGGUCUCUUUUUGCUCUUUCAUCUUUUAUUCUAAUACCCCGUAAUCUACUUUUCAUUGCUCUCUCAACAAUUUUUCCAUAAUUUGUGCCAUUGCACUGUUUACUGCUCAUUGUUCUUGCUCAUUCUUGCUUUUUCAGUUUAAUUUAACUUUCCCCCUUUCAAUACUCCCUCUCUUCAUCAUUCUUUAUCAGUGUUAUAACUCUUUUAUUGUACCACACUUCUAAUUUCAUCUUACUUCCUCCCAUUGCUCCCCUUCCUGCUAUCCCAUUUUCCAUCUAAUCCAUUGCUAUGUCCUGAUAUCCAGUGUCCCCUAUCUUUGCUUCUUCUCUGUCAUAUUUCUAGUUUUCCACUGCAUUGUUCCCUCAGCUAUUCCAGUGAUUGCUCUAUCUCCAUAGCAUUGUUCCCUCAGCUAUCCCAUUGCUUGUUUUACCCCCAUCUGAUUACUUCACUAGCUGUUUCAGUGAUUGUUCUAACUACCUUCUAUUUUAUCUCCGUUCUAUUGAUACCCCUCCACAAACCUGUGUGCUUCCCCUUCAUCGUUUUGUAUUCCCCACUAUUUUUCUCUUCUUCUUUUCAUUAAUACUUUUCCCUUUAAUUGCUUUUUGUUUGUCUGUUUUUUGUUUUUGUGGGGAUGGGUGGAAAGGGAGGAAUCAUUGGGGGGUUAAAAAAAUUAAUACUUUUUUUUUGUGUUUAAAUUCACUUUCCCUAGUGUGCGCUUGUGCUGCUUUGCACUUCCCACUAUGCAUUCAGUCAUGGUGAGAGGAGGGUGUCAUGUCAUUUUACUUCCUCUUCCUACUGCUCAGAGUCUUGAGAAGUGAAGAUACAAAUAGGCAUCAGUGCUGCAGAGCAUCUAAUUCUUAGAGCCCAGUCAUAGCUGGUCUUUUUGCUUACAUCAUUGUCACUUAACUAAUAAAACAAAAACAAAAAAUUUCAGCAGUGAAAAAGUGCAAAAAUAUAUGUAAACAUUUGGGAGAACAAGACUAGUAGACUGCUAAAAUAAAGCAAAGCUAAUAAAGAAACAAGUUCAUACAGCAACCAACAACUCUAAGUUAUACACCAAGAGACAGACUAGUAAUAUAUACUGCAACUCGUCCAGCAGAUUAGCUUUUUAGAAAAAGCAACAAUUGCGCCCUUCUGGGGUAUUUAAUGUAUACCUCGAGUCUGAUGGUUUUGGAGAAUGAUCCUAAUAUAAUUUCUAUAGUGCUGACUAAGAUAUCAAAAGGGCAAUUCCCUUGUCAGCCCAAAAAUAAUAAAGAAUACUAUGCCAUGUUCCAAUCCCCAAGCGAGACAAUAGGCAGUUAAGAAAUCAAGGCACUUUUAUUAAAGAAAAUACAUUACUAAACUCCCUCCAGCACUGGUUACUGUCAGCGGUAAAGUAUAUAAAUCAGCAAUUAAAUCCAGUUGUUCCAAUUAUCUUCUUAAAAAUUCCAUUGUAAGUUAGCAAUAUAAUAGUAACUAGGUAGGAAAUCCUCUUCAGUUCUGUAUCUCUUGCACUGCAGCAGUAGUGUUGUCAUCUACCAAAUAAAGUCUAAAAGAAAGCAAGUGUCUUGUCUUGGUGAGUAUGCUGACACUUCUUGAAAAGGGAAAAGAGAGAAACUAAGCAAAAACAGAGAAACCAAGGGGUUAAUAUGUGUCAGUCCCAAAGGUUCCCUGUAGUUGCAGUGCAACCCAAAAGAAAAUAAUUAAAAACUAACUUUUAAUAAAUUCCUUCUAAAAAUUCAAAAAAUAGAAAAUAACUGAUGGUAUCACAAAAAAUAAUAAAAGAAGGGAAAGAGAGGAGAAAGUACUUGCAGAAUGACUAGGUAGUACCCAGAGCAAGAGAGAGAAAGGGAUUGCCUGAUAGUACUUGAAGACAUCCAGUAAUAGCUAUUGUAAAAGGAGGUCUAAAGUAUAUCUUGCUGAGAAACCUAGUAUAAUAAGUACUAUCUCCUAACUCCCAUGACACUCAGGUUUAGAACGCCUGCCUGAAUGUAAACAGAGUGAAACCUCAAUAGAUGGUAAGCAGAGGUACAAAUCAAAAUAUAAGUAAAAAAAUAAUAAGUAAAGAGAGGGUGGUCUGCUAAGAAUGUCCUGUAAAACGCUCUCCCUCUGAAGAGCCUUUUGGCGAAACGCGCGUCGGGUGUAGUCAGUGAGCGGGUGGUUGGCAUUUGACCGGGGACUAUGCUGCAGCUAGUUUAGAUUUUACAGGACAUUCUUAGCAGACCACCCUCUCUUUACUUAUUAUUUUUUUACUUAUAUUUUGAUUUGUACCUCUGCUUACCUUCUAUUGAGGUUUCACUCUGUUUACAUUCAGGCAGGCGUUCUAAACCUGAGUGUCAUGGGAGUUAGGAGAUAGUACUUAUUAUACUAGGUUUCUCAGCAAGAUAUACUUUAGACCUCCUUUUACAAUAGCUAUUACUGGAUGUCUUCAAGUACUAUCAGGCAAUCCCUUUCUCUCUCUUGCUCUGGGUACUACCUAGUCAUUCUGCAAGUACUUUCUCCUCUCUUUCCCUUCUUUUAUUAUUUUUUGUGAUACCAUCAGUUAUUUUCUAUUUUUUGAAUUUUUAGAAGGAAUUUAUUAAAAGUUAGUUUUUAAUUAUUUUCUUUUGGGUUGCACUGCAACUACAGGGAACCUUUGGGACUGACACAUAUUAACCCCUUGGUUUCUCUGUUUUUGCUUAGUUUCUCUCUUUUCCCUUUUCUAUAGCCACUAGGGGUUACCCCCCAUUUCUCAAUAGCAACCCGAUAUUUGUUGCUUCUGUUCCUAUCUCUCAUUUCCAUUAAAUGCUGACACUUCUUGUCUCCUGUCAGAGCUUACCAUCACACAUUCAACAUGCAUGCUGUUUAAAUUGUGACCUUUUAUUAGAGAAUAUUAUAAAUUAUACUACUAAUGUCUUUCUGCAGUGGUUUGGAAGUGAUUUUGGAAUGUAAAAAAAAUUAAUUAAAUGUGUAAAGAUGACACUCUUAAAGACUAUAACACUAUACCGUUUGGAAUACAAACCCAUAUUCUAAUGCUCCUCUUAUAUUAGUGAUUUGCGGUAAAAACUAAUUUUAAAAUAAAGUUUUUACUUCCAACACAAACUCACUCUGUGCUGCUGGCCUCUCCACCUCAUGCAACUUCAUCAUGGAGGUGUUAUAUUCCCGACAUUCGUCCGAUACAUGGCUUCUCAUAUAGAGUAUUGGGGAUGUGAUGCACAUGCACAGUGAGCACCUCAAAUAUCCAGUUAAAAUCUUCAUAAGAAAUAAAUGAAUUCAUUGUUUUUCUAUGACAGAGUUUAACUCAGUUGUUACAUAGGAAAUGCCUCUAAUGGCUGUCAGUGUGACAGCCACUUGACAUGUUUAACCUUUCAAGGUAAACAUUGCCGUUUCUACAAAAUGCCAAUGUUUUACCUUAAAUGGUUAAAACUACAGGACCACUGCACACAGACCACUUAAGAUGACGUGGUCUAGGUGACAUACUGGUCCUUUAAUUCAACAAAUGGUAUUGUAAAUUCAAGGUGUCUGGAUAUUAAGAAUGCACUAAACUACUUUGGUACUCUUCAAACAUUAAUGCACUGCCUGUUGAUGUAGUCUGCUAAUACAAACAAUGGACACAAAUAUAGUGGCCAUAGGUGCUGCCAGUUGCUAUUAACUGUGCUCUCAAAAUGUAUUUUAUUAUUCAAAAUUCAUGAAACAUUGAAGGGAACAUUUAAAAAUAUAAACAUUGCAUUCAAUACCGUCCAGGAUAGGUAUACCACCCUCUAAAUUAAUCUAAAAUAGUCUUGUGCUAGAACCUAUCCUAAUCAAACCAAAAUAGCCAAGUAACCCAGAAACUCAUCAAUGAAGUUCCGACAAGUGUCCAAAUUUGUCCUUAACUCUUUCAUUAACAAAAUAUGAUACAGUGUCCCAAGUAAUAAUGUAAAGGGUGUGUUUGAAGUGGUAACAGUGGUAGAAGUCUGAUUGUGCAGUGUUUCUGGAGAAACACUGCACAAUCAGACUUAUCUACAAUCCCAACUAACACCAUCAUGGAUACCAAAAAGCUGAUAUAUGCCACAGCAUGUGUAUGUCAGAUUGUGUGCAUGUGAUAUCCAGGAUAUUGUAUAAUUUGCGGCCCCCCAAUAAUACUCGCUUAACAGGGGGGGCUCGGUUGGGUGCUGCAGCCCUUUAAAAGCUCUAUCAGGUCCCUGUAGUAUUGCCCAACUGGGAGGAAGUGACAGCUUGGUACUUGCUCCCAGCUUCAAAGACCGCUAUGCGGAUGGGAGGAAGCUGGAGGCGGCGGUGGCACCACAGGCAGCAUGAUGGCAGAGGAGAAGCUGGAGUGAGCUGCUGCAUGCAUGCAUCAGCAUCAGCCAGCAUCACCAGGACCCCAAGCAAGCCACCCUUCUGGACAGAAAGGGUAAGCUGAAAAUAAAAAAUUAUAACAUUUAUGUGUGUCUCAGUCAGUUUGUUUCUAAAUAUGUGUGUGUGUGUGUGUGUGUGAAUAUGUGCCAGUGUGUAUCUGUAGGUCAGUGUUUGUAGGUCAGUGUAUAUGCCCCUGUGUGUAUGUGCCAAUGUCAGUGUGUGCAUUGAAGUGUGUGUGUGUGCACAAGUGUGUGCAUCUUCUGAUUCAAGGUGUUCAUACAUGUUUGGUGGCUUUGUGUGUUGUUUGAGAACGCUUUAACCCCUUAAGGUAAGAGUGCACCUUCUAGCACCAUUACAACUUCAUGACAGGAGUGUCCCAAUUAAUAAAGUUAAUUGAUUUCCAGUUGUUUUCUUAGUCCAAAGUCUGAGGAAGAUGGGGCUUGUCACCAAAUGCCUUUGUAUGCAAUGAUCUUAAUUUUCCUUCUUUAUGUUAAAAGAGAACGCCUCCAAAGUAUAUAGUAGUAGUAGUGGUGUUUAUAUGGCGCCCAUAUAUUCCAUAGCGCUUAACAAUUAUAGAAAGGGAUAUUUAGAGGCGAAGAAGGCCUUGCUCAAGCAAGCUUAGGUGUCUUGCCCAAGGACACUGAUCUGGUUCUAAGGAAGUCAUGUUUUCGCUGUGAAAUAAAAGAAAUCUCUUCUGUUUGUGUUUAAAGCAAUAUGAAAUCCUUUAGGUAAUAUGCCCCUUUUAUUUUUAAGGUAUAUAUUCUAGUUGGCCAUUGUUAUUAUACAAAUCUUGACUUUUUCAGCUAUAUUUCUCUCCUAUGUUUGUUUGUUUGUUUGGAUGUAUGUUGAUAUCCAUAGUUAUAUACAGGUACUAGUUGUGUUUUGGAUAGAUCUGGGUUAUCUAAUUCUGCUGGACACAUUUAAAUCAGGUACAUACUUUAUUUCUUAUGAUUUUUCCCAGGUAUAUAUUUCCUCAAUAUGUCUUUGGAUGGGAAUACCAUGAGUGUAUAUCAAAUCUAUUUUAAUUUAUAUAUUUCUAUAUUACAUAUACACAUAUCUAUAUUUCUGUUUGUGAUUUGAUAUUUCAAUGAUGAUCCAUUAAGUAUCAUUUUGCACUCAGAAGUAUGUGGUUCAUUCAGCCAAUCCCCAAUCGGUGUUUAUUAUGGGAUAUUAAUUUCCAUUUCUGGGUGAAUCAUACUUUGCUAUUGCCAUACCUAAGAGCACUUUUCCAACUUUUGGGUGGAGACACCCUUCAAGUGCUGUUAAACCAAUUUUUAAACCCCUGUUUAAAGUCCUCCUUGUAAUCUUUGUUUCAGGUGCAUUGUUCACCAUUUCUGUAAGUGGGGUUCAGAGAAACCCCAAAUUCCGAGCUAUAUAUUUCCUUGUUCAGUGGCAUGAAGCUGAUCUGGCUGCUGCGAAAGUUGCACCUAAAGCUGAAACUUUGCCUGUGAAAAAUGACCAGUUUGUUUCAGAGCUCACAGAAUGUUAUUAAAAUGCUAAUUUAAAAGGGGAAAAAAAGUUAAAUAUCUAGCAGUGGCGCAGUCUAAUUGCAAGCAUAAUGAGCUCUGGAAAUGUGAGUGCCCCUGACACACAGAACAUAAACAGCCAGUAAACAGAUCAUUAGUACUCACAUUCAUUUAUUGUGCCGACCUUAACAUGACCCCGGAGUGGGGAGGGUGAGAAGCAGGUGGAUCUGACUGUGACACCCCUCUAGGGGAUGCAGGAAAUGAAGCUAGAAGCUGUUACCAUAGAUACACGUGUGCAGAUGAGGUAACACGCCAACAGGCUGCAGCCUCCGCUGGCGGCUUCUAUCUGUCACCCUCUUAGUGUUUAGGAUUAAAUUAUUCCCAAAUAGAGGAAUUCAGCCCCUCCACAUCCAGACCCCGAGAGGUCAGACUGUGUACAAAGUCACCUUGCAGAGGGUGGCAGAGAGUGAGAGAGCCCUCCUGUCCCUGCCCUGCCGGUGCCACAAAAUGGAAAGUGGCACAGUAUCCCCUGUAGCAGCAGAUCACACAGCAAAGCUAAUUAACAAAAAAUACAAAUUACGACACCCUUCACUUCCACCCAUCUGGUAACGAGAAAGCUUAAUCAGGAGCUGUGUGCGCGGCAGCACUUCUGUGGAGGGGCAAGAAGACGAGACUUGGAUAUUUCUCUAAUAAAUAGAAAUUAUCCGCAUCUCCCUGUCCCCCUCCCCGUGCACUUUACAUGAACCUGUGAUACGCUAGCAAUAGCCCUUCCAGCGCGAGGCUGAUGUGAUUUAGGAGAAUAUUAAAGGCAAUGUGGAGAUUGGAGGCGCCUCUCUCUUAGGGAGAGCUGGAGAAAUCCGCAGCACAGAUGGGUUGAGCAGAUUAAACGUUUCCUUCACAUUGUUUCCAAAUUGUGCUGCAGUGCCUCAGGGAGCGAGUGCGGUCAGAGCACGGCGCACUUUAUAGAGUCAGUAUUAAUGCUUUCUUUUCAUAGGGCCAUCUUAUUAGCAGCAGGUUAGGGUCAGUCCUGGAAGCGGGCAGAAUUCUGCUCAUUUUGUUACUCUCCCCCCCAUCUCUCCUGUUAAAAUCUCUGGUACAGCAUUUUUGUGAUAACUACGUUGCACCGCUUUCUGCUGAGGUGCGUGAUCCUUUAUAGGCGUCUUUCACUAAGUAAGUGUGGUCCAAUGCUUACAACACUCUACAAUACAGUCAUGUCCCUGGUCUUAAUAGAGUUGCUGACACACAAGGAUUAAAACUGAAAAGUGUUGAAGUAACCAUUUUUAUCCCAUUCCACUGGUUUAAUUAAAUCUUUUUUAUAGUUGCAAGGCUACUGCUUGCUACUUACUAUUGAUCUACAACUCCCAUUACCUGCAGUCAGAUGAAGGCUACAGAUAAGGAGAUAAAUACCCCAACAACUGCUGGAUACUCCAGCUAAUAACAGUCACAACCAGUUCAUAGAAGCUUGUCUGACCUCACUUCCACUGAUUAUGGACAAAGCCAGGUAUUCUAUAAGUAUAAAAAUUUGUUGACUAGCCCAAUUGUAUUUUGCUGUUGAUUUUAUAAACCUUUGGAACUCACUGACAUGUUUAUUUAGUAUUUAAGUAAAGCUGUAUCCGUGUUUGGUCAUUACUGUUAGGGUUUUCAAACCUCCUCCUUCAAGCAUUUUCAAGACAGACUCCAUCAUUAAACCAUGGAUCUGACAUGACAUCAGCUCACCUCACGGCUGUAUUGUAGGAAAAGCGCAGAGAGAGAUGUAUUACUGUCAGCAAAUGGCAGGAGGAUAGACAGCGGCUGCAUAUUGUAAUUCAUUCAUUCCUAAACAAUAAUGUAUGACAGGCAGGCACUAAUACUGGCAAUAAGCAAUCAUAAACCAAUAACUGUGAUUGAUUAGGCACCCCUGAACAUAGAUCAACCUCUCAUUGAUCUGGUGCUACAGACAGAUUUACGACUGCCUUGCCUUGGAGCAAGUCUCUUGCAUCUGGGUGCAUAUCAGGCAGUCUGAUACCUGAGUGCUCGAAUGCUUUUCUUUUUGCAAAAAUUUCUAGAUCCUAGGGGUUUGUUCUGUUGCCCCAACAUUUCCUGCCAUCAGUAGAUUAUGCUGCAGAAAUAGAGGGGCAGUUGAGGUGAAAGCUGCAUGCUUGGGGAAACGUGAGGACCCACAGAUCCUGAGCACAGCACAUUUGAGACUGGCUGUGCCAGCACACUCUUCCUUUUAAUAGUUUAAUAAAAAUUAGCAUAAUUAACAAACAUCUGUAUAAUCCAGAGUGGUGCAAUUUGGCAGAGGGAACGGGAGUUUAGAUGUUAUUGCUGGGAGUUUAAUGUUCUUUUAAUUCUUUCUGGCACGCUGCAGUGAGAGAGAUGUUUGGUGCCGAUGGUUGUGUGCCGGAUUUAAUUAGUACGCAUCUCUCUUUUGAUUGUGUGUGUUUCUGAGGCCCUGAGUGGUUCAUACAGUGGGACUGGUUUUAUGACACCUUCCUGUCUUGAUGCUGGCAUCUGUGAAACAGGCAUCAGACAGUGCAGUGUUUUACGUAGGAAGCGGUUUAAAUCACCCACUGAGUGGGGCAACUUCUAAAGUAAAAUAAUGUGCAAAUUAAUUCUUUUCGAAAGAGGUGUGGAAUUUAUUUAUUUCUUUUGCUGCUGGUGUCUGAUUCCAGAGCCUGCAUUAUUUACUUUAAAUAUCCUAUACAAAGGCCUGACAACUGAAAAGUAUUGUUAGAAGACCCACUGACUGCACAUAUCCAAGGAUAAACUAUGCCGGCCAUCUACUUUAAGGAUAUGCUGGUGUAAAUUAAAGCGUACAACUUUCUAUCAGACUGCAAUUAUACACAAGCUAAUCCCAGCAUAAUGUGCAAGGGGCCCACAACAGCUGCCACACACACCACCAUUCCAGAAACUUUUUGCCAGAUCAUGUACCUCCAUGAAGGUUGUGCUGACUAGGUUCUAAAGUGCAAUUGAGAGGCUCAAUGUAAAUGCAGUACCCUGCACACACAGUCUGCCUAGCUGUGUAAAUGUCCUGUUCAGGUAGCCUCUUCACUUGAUGUGCCUUGCUUGGUUUUGUGACAUCAGAGCAGCAUGGUAAAUUAGAAGAAUAGCUCCACUAAUAUGGCUGAACAGAUACCUUAAUUCCAGUGCCAAGGUCACUCAGCGCUGGUUCCGUCUCCUAGUGCACAUGUGCAGUGAGCUCUGUGCGCGCAUUAGGCCUUCCCCCUAGGAGAUCAUUGAAACAAGGAAAACAAGACUCAAUCUUUUUAGCAGAUACAGAUAACUCCCCUUCUUGGCACGCAAACAUGCUUUCAGGUCACACGAGGAUGCUUGGACAAAGACUUUAUGACACAAUGUAAAAAAUAUUGAUAGCAGGGAGUGAGCAGGGAGAGAAGACCACCUGGGGCAAAAAAAAUCCUCCACGCCCCAGGAAGUAAACCUGGUAUUCAGUAUAUCUAACAGAAUCAUUGACUAAUAUAACUGCAGCUUUUGAGCAAAGGUUUGUCCUAUGUACCCACAGUACAGCCAAACUCCCUUCAUUGGGAGAUUGAUUUGUACAAGUUUGGGCACUUCCUGUCCUGCUGAUUUUGGAAGCAAUACUGAUUUAGAUAGAAGGAAUUCUCGGAUUUUGGUAAAUAUCUAAUGAGAUAAAAUUAAACCGUACAACAGGAAUAUAGUGAAGUACCUCUGAUGCACAUGUGUGGAAGAAAAGAAAAUAUACUUGAGCCCUAAGUUAGCUCUACUACAUGUGCCUGGGCAGUACAAUCCCCAUAUGAGGAUAUAUGGUGUAUUAUUUAAUUUGGUGGUGAAUGCUCCAGGGUGUAUGCAAAAUAAACCGAGAACAGGCCCAAAUAUAGUGUAGUAUAUAUAGUUUAUGAAGUAGAAUAAAUAUUUAUGUAGAAAUGCACUCACCAUGUGUGGAGCCCCUAAAUGACUCCCAGAAAGCAUCAUAGAGUGGUACAAUCCCCACUUAAGAGUUAGUUAGCUGAGGUUCUCAUGAUGUUAUAUGUGGAUAAAAUAUAGUGCUCAAUCAGCCUGCUAUCAAUAUUUUUUACAUUUGGUUCAACAGGAAUCCACCCCAAUUCUACACACCAAGUGUGCCAACCACUCCAAUAUCAUUUACAGAGGAAGAUUAUACAGUCCAUGGCCAUAGACAGCAAUAUUGAAGGGGGCAUCAUCAUCCAGACCUAAAUUGAGUACAGGGAAUAUGUUUUAAAGCAACUCAGUGACACUACCUACAGGUAAUUACCAAAAGACCUCACAGUAUCAGUCAUGAACUUCUUCAAUGAGAUACUACAAAAGGGUUAAAAGCACAGCACAUUUCAUUUGGGUUGUUCCAGUUCCUCACCACCAGUCACCCACAUCUCCUGCAAUCUAUUGUAUUCCAUACAAACCUGACAAAAAAAAAUGCCAGGGAGACAUAUGGUCUCAGCCCAAGGGAGGGGUCAUUGUACCUGUAGAGUUUUUGUUUAAGGAACCUAUUGAACAACUUCCCAAUUGCAUAAAAGCCACCAGCAGUCUACUAUUAAACCUCAAGACCAACAAAUUUUCUCACGAUGAUAAAGUCCUUUUGAGUUCCAAAAGGAAUUGAUGCCUAUAUGAUCUAUAUUGAUUAACCCAAAUGUAUAUAAGAGCGUUCUGUCAAAUUCAUUCUCAAAAUGUUGAAGUAAACUGUAACACAAAAUUGCUUUAAGAAACAAAAACAAUUGGCACAUAGUUACAUAGUUACAUAGCUGAAAAGAGACUUGCGUCCAUCAAGUUCAACCUACAUCACAUUUGUUUUUUGCUGUUGAUCCAAAAGAAGGCAAAAAAAAACAGUUUGAAGCACAAUUUUGCAACAAGCUAGGAAGAAAAUUCCUUCUUGACCCCAGAAUGGCAGUCAGAUUUAUCCUUGGAUCAAGAAGUUAUUACCCUACAUUGAAAGAUUAUAUCCUUGAAUAUUCUGUUCUUGCAAGUAUGCAUCUAGUAGCCGUUUGAACUUCUGUAUGGACUCUGAUAAAACCACUUCUUCAGGCAGAGAAUUCCACAUCCUGUACAUCAUGCACCAGUUCUAACAGGAACACAUAUUGGGUCCCGUUGGAGACUCUCACCAUUCAUACCUUUGGUACGUUGAUGAAAUUUUCAAUAUGGAAUAAUGUGUAAGUCCAAAAAAAAUACUUAUCCAAUACAAAUGAACUACAGCUUCCUCUCAGGAUAUUCCAGACAGUAUCCUAUUAUUACUGGUAUUUAUAUACCGCCAGCAUAUUCCGUAGCGCUUUACAUUAUUAUCAGAGGGGGAGAUUUAACAAUAAAUGAGACAAUUACAAAAACUUACUGGAACAAUAGGUAGAAGAGGGCCCUGCUCAAACGAGCUUACAGUCUAUAGGAGGUAGGCAUAAAACACAACAGGACAGGAGGUAGCAAUCAAAUAAGGUGGAGUGAAGCAGAGCUGGAGGAGAGAGAAAUCUUGAUGGUCAUAGGCAGGCUAUUCCAAAGGAAAGGAGCCAUCCGCGAGAAGACCUGCAAGCGUGAGUUGGCUGUAUGGGUGCGGAGAGACCGAGAAGGGGCAUACCUGCAGAUCAGUGAAGAGAUAUAGGAGGGGUUAGAAUUGGUUAGUGCUUUAUAGGUGUGGAUUAGUACCUUGAAUUGACUCCUAUAAGAUACAGGCAGCCAAUGUAAGGACUGACAGGGGGGAGGGGUGUGAGAGGAGUAACAGGAGAGGAAAAUCAUUCUAGCUGCAGCAUUCAUUACAGACUGUAGAGACAGGACGAAGGGAGGAGGUAUCAUUAGAAAAGGAGACAGUGAAUGAGCAUUGGGAAAAUAGCAGGAAAACCAAGAGAGGACAGUGUCACAGAGACAAAGUGAUUGAAGAGUUUGGAGAAGGAGAACAUGGUCAACAGUGUAAAAGGCAGCAGAGAGGUCAAGAAGAAUUAGUAUGGAGCAGUGCUCUUUGGAUUUAGCUGUCAUUAGGUCGUUAGUGACUUUAAUCAGAGCAGUCUCAGUAGAGUGGAGGGGCAGAAGCCAGACUGAAGAGGGUCAAGGAGAGAUUUGGAAUUGAGGAAACCAGUCAGACAGCUAAAGACCAGUCUUUCCAGAAGCUUUGAAAAAAAAAGGAUCAGGGAUAUGGGACCAUAGUUAGAAGGGGAGGAUGGGUCAAGAGAUGUUUUUUAAGAUGGGUACUACAGUAGCAUGUUUAAGGGCAGCAGGGACAACACCAGAAGAGAGAGAGCAGUUGAAAAUGUGUGUUAAGGAAGGCACAAGACAAGAGGAGAGAGCAAGUGGUAGGGCGAGAGGAAAGGAGAAGCGCAGCCACCUCUUGUUCAGUAGCAUGGGAAAAAGUCUGAAGGAUAGGGAAGGCAUGAUCCAGGUGUGGUUGAGAAAUAGAAGGGCAAGGUGGUGAGAAUUCUUUCCUGUUCAAUCUUGUCGGUAAAGCAGCAUGCAAAGCUAUCGGCUGUAAGGUUAGUUUGAGGGAUGGCAACAGCAGGGCAAAGAAGGGAGUUAUUAAAAAGACGCCUGGAAUUGUGGGAGCAUGUGCUAAUGAGGGAGGAAAAGUAUGACUGUUUGGCAAGGGCUGUUCUGUAUGAACGCAACAUGAAUUUGUAGUGGAGGAAGUCUGAUUAGGUACGUGACUUCCUCCAGCAGCGUUCAGCUCAACGGGAGCAUCUCUGCAGGUAGCGUGUUGAUUUAGUGUACCACGGUUGGGGACGUGUUCUCCUCAAGGUUCAUUUUUGGAGCGGGGCUGCAGCGUCCAGGGCAGAGGUGAGGGUAGUGUUAUAUGAGGACAUAGCCAAUGAGGGAUAGGAGAAAGUAGGGAUGGAUAAAAGUUGGAAAUCCAUAUUGGCUGAUAGCUGCUGAAGGUAAAUAUAAUUCAGAUUUCUUCUUAGUUGAGGGGAAUUAGGUUAAGGAUGAUGUGGUAGGGGGCUAUUGAGAGCAAAUGGUAAGAGGUGGUGAUCUGAGAAAGGAAAUGGAGUGUUGCAGAAAUUAGAGAUUGUACAUUCAUGAGAGAAAAUAAGAUCAAGGGUAUUGCCAGCUACAUGGGUGGGUUACUUAGCCCACUGCGACAGCCCAAGGGAGGAGGUCAUUGAAAGUAGUUUUGAAGCUACUGAGGACAAGGGUAUGUUGAAGUCCGCAAGAAUUAGGGAUGGAAUAUUAGAGGAGAGGAAGUAGGGAAGCCAAGCAACAAAAUGGUCAAGGAAGAGGAGAGGGGAACCAGGGGGAUGAUAGAUAACGGCAAUGUUAGCAGAGAUAGGUUUGAAAAGGCGAAUAUAAUGAAUUUUAAAUGGUGAGAAAGAGAGGGAAGAGUGGGUGGGUAGAGGUUUGAAGGAGCAGUGACCAGUGACGUACACAUGACCCAUGGGGCCCCGGUGCGAAAAUUGAUCCGUGCCCCCCCACUCCCCCCACACACACUUAAAGGACCACUACAGACACCCAGAUCACAUCAGCUCAAUGAAGUUGUCUGGGUGUCAGGUCCCUCUAGUUUUAACCCUGCAGCUGAAAACAUAGCAGUUUCAGAGAAACUGUUAUGUUUCACUGAGGGUUAAUCCAGCCUCUAGUGGCUGUCUCACUGACAGCCGCUAGAGGAGCACACUGAAUGUCCAUAGGAAAGCAUUGAGUAAUGCUUUCCUAUGGGCGGUUUCAAUGCGUGCGCGGUCGCAUUCGGAGCUGAGAGGCUGAGGGGUCCCCAGCGCCAAGGGAGUCCGGCACUGGAGAAAGUGCUGAAGACACACACACUCUCACUUACAGACGCAUACACACUAGCUAACAGACACACACAUUUACUGACAGAGACACACUCAGCGACAGACAUACAUACACACUCACUUACAAAACAUACACUCUCUUUGACAAACACAAACUCACUAACAGACAUCAAACAGACUCACUAACACACACUCAGUAAGACACACACAGUAACACACUCACUGACACUCACUAGCAGACACACACACUAACACUAACACUCACUAGCAGACACACACUCUCACUCUGUAACACUCUAACACUCACUCUAACACUAACACAUGUUUGUUUUUGUUUUUUUUAAAUUGAAUCCCCCCAGCCUCCUUACCUUUUGGAGUGCUGGGGGGAUUCCCUGGGGUCCAGUGGUGCUGCUGGGCUCCUGGGCGGGUGGCAGGCGGGCGCGCGAGGGAGCACUCAGUGCUUCCUCUUCAGCUCCCUCGCGCGCCGCGUAGGGAUGCCGGCGCCGGAAGAUGACGUCAUCUUCCGGCUCCGGUAUCAGUGCGGUGCGCAAGGGAGCUGGAGGAAGCACUGAGUGCUCCCUCGCGCGCGCGCCUGCCCGACCGACCGCCCUGGGGUGGUCGGCUCCUGGGCCCCCCAGGAGAAGAGGCUGGCCCUGUGGGUACAUACCGGGUCGCAGGGGCGGCCGGGCCCCCUGGCAGUGACCCUACACCACCACCUUUGCCUUCAGAGUGUCUUGGGUUGUGAGUAAAUUGAAGACCACCAAAGGAUAGAGAGGCAGGGGUAGCAGUGUCAGAGGGAAAGAGCUAUGUUUCAGUUAAGGCUAGUAAGUGUAGGGAACGAGAGAUGAAAAGGUUGUGCACAGCAGUGAAUUUACUAACACUGCAAACAGAGCGUGCAUUCCAGAGGGCAGAAUAGAAGGAGGCUUUAAAGGAAGAGUGACAUGAGAUGGGUAUGAGAUUAUUGUGAUUCCUGGAGUUAACACAUGGUGGGUUAGCGGAGGUGGGACUGGGAUUUGGACAGACAUCGCCAGCUGCUAGAAGCAGAAGGAUAAAAAGUAAGAGCAGGUGGGAGUAGGCUUUAAAGGUUUUGUGAGAGGGUUUGUAUUUAGAGGUUUUAGAAAGGGUUGGUAGAGAUAGGCUGGAAUGGUAUAAGUAGAGUGCAUGGGAUGAAUAGAGAGGGGAGAAAAGUAAAGUGGGGACAAUGAAAAUGGAGGGAUAACAAAGAUUUUGCUAAUUAGAGAGGUGAGAGUGAAAGUAAAAAUAUAAGGGAGAGCAUUCUCUAAGGAGAAUAAAGGAGUUCAUGUUACAAAGAAAGAAAAUUAGGAUUUUUAGUUGUGCAAAAUUAGAUGAGGUGGGAUCUUAAAGUCCCAUGAGAGAUGAGAAGGGUCAGGGGUUGCAGGUAGGGAGUGUGAUAGUUGAGCAGGUGAUGAGGGUUUGAAAGACAUAAUUAGUGUGUUUGGAAAGUCAGGUAAUUUGUGCUAUCUAUAAAUGUAGUGAGUUACUUGGGGAGGGAAGCCAUCCAAAAGAGCUACCUCUGUUUAAGGCUGUAGCUUGUCUUGGUAGCUAUGAGUCCUGGGAGCUAAUGUUCUGUUUUGGACCCACGCUGCAAGAAAGGAUCUGGGUUAGAUCAAACUGCAAAUUAAGGGUGGGGGAGACACAGAUAUUGAGGUGAAAAUGGCAGUUAUUAUUAUUAUUGCCAUUUAUAUAGCGCCAACAGAUUCCGUAGCGCUUUAGUUAAUGAGGAAAAGAAAAAAAAUAACAAAGGAGAAAGUAUUCGAGAUUUAAAGAUACAAGGGUAGGGGACCAGCCGUCCUGUGAGCCCCUGCGACCACGGAUCCUGCCAGUUGAGUAAUGCAGCCCCAGCCCACACGGUAUAACCGCCAGGGACGUAUUGAAGGGGUCCAUCGGGUGGCCCAUGCUGUUAGGGCCACGCGAUGCUAUGUAAUUCCAGGAGGCCCGGUCAGCGUUUUAACAGCGUGACCGGGCCCCCUCUGAUGAUGUCAGAGGCAGAGAGGAAGUGACUGCCCCGGGCACUGCCUCCCAGCAAGCACUGGGAGCCGGGCAGGAGGAAGGAGAGGGAGUCAGAGUGUAUGUAUGUAUGUGUGUGUACCUGUGUGUGUCUCCACAUGUGUAUCUGUUUGGUUGUGUGGGGGGAGGGGGUAACAUAUGGGAGGGGGACGAUAGACAUAUGGGUGGGUGGGAUGGGGGGUUUGAUGUACAGUGGGGGCCCUGGGGCAAUUUUUGGUUUCUAGUUACGCCUCUGAUUGAAUAUGCUGUGCAAUUUUGGGCACCUGUUCUAAAGAAGGAUAUUAUGGCACUAGAAAAAGUGCAGAGGCGGGCUACAAAAUUAAUAAAAGGAAUGGAACAUAUCGGCUAUGAAGAAAGGUUAACAAAUUUAAACCUAUUUAGUUUAGAAAAACGCCGCCUGAGAGGGGAUAUGAUAACAUUAUACAAAUAUAUUCGGGGCCAAUACAAACCAUUGUGUGGAAAUCUAUUCACAAACCGGACUUUACAUAGGACACGAGGCCAUGCGUUUAGACUGGAAGAAAGAAGAUUUCGCCUAAGGCAAAGGAAAGGUUUUUUUUACUGUAAGAAAAGGAUGUGGAAUUCUCUGCCUGAGGAAGUGGUUUUAUCAGAGUCCAUACAGAUGUUCAAACGGCUACUAGAUGCAUACUUGCAAGAACAGAAUAUUCAAGGAUAUAAUCUUUCAAUGUAGGGUAAUAACUGCUUGAUCCAAGGAUAAAUCUGACUUCCAUUCUGUGGUCAAGAAGGAAUUUUUUUCCUAGUUUGUUGCAAAAUUGUGCUUCAAACUGGGUUUUUUUGCCUUCUUUUGGAUCAACAGCAAAAAACAAAUGUGAGGUAGGCUGAACUUGAUGGAUGCAAGUCUCUUUUCAGCUAUGUAACUAUGCAACUAUGUAACUUUGGAUGAUGUCACCACAGUAUGGAAAGCCGGACUCAGGAUAUGUCAGAAAAUAUAAACUGCUUUAUUAUGUAUAUAUAAAAUAAAAUACAAGAAAAACGGUCCUAUGCAUUUUGUCUUGCAAGAGACUUCUUCAGGGACACAAUAAUAAAAUAUAAUAAUAAAAACAAUCCUAAAGCAGCAAAGAAGCAGAACCAUGAUUUCCACCAUCAAUUCCAAGAUUCUACCAGUAAUCGACUACCACAGCACUGAAAGGGUCGAUUUCUUUGAUGUUUGAUGACAUUUUACAGGAAACCAACAGAUAGAAACACCAUAUUGCAUGCCAAUAUUUUCAAUUAGCACCUUCUUAUGGCUUGCCUCCCAUAUUCAAAAUUUCUACAGGAACAACACCAAUUCUGUCAACAAGAACCAACAAAUAAGAACCAUGUGGUACAACUUCAAAUAGCAUGGAUAUAAAAAUAUAGUCCUGCAAGAUGCAUUGUUGAGGCGCUGAGUGAAGGAUUUGACCAAGACUAAAGAUAAUCAUUUUAUUUUUUUCCAACACCUGCAUCGCUGCAAUUGAAUAACAUAAUUACAGAAAAAUUGUGGUUUUCGCCAAUGAUCUUUCAGUCCCUGCUUGCGUCAUAGAAAAACCUAUGUUGUUACCGCAGAGGCAGAAACGUAAGAGAUGUAUUAUGUAUGUAUUCGUACAUACUGAUCUUGUGUAGUGAUAUAACACAUCCAAGCAGUUCUUCCAACCACGGGCAUAUCCAGUGUGUAUGCUGUGCAUAUUUUUUACCAACCCCACAACUGCAAUAAAUUAUUUCUGAAACACAACAAUCCCUGCACUACGGAUUUUGUUAUAUAUAAAUUAGUGUGUCCCUAUAUUGAAGUUCAUCCAAGAAGGGCUGUGGUAACUGCAAAAAACUUUGGAAAAGACAAAUCUCAGUAUAGAAGUAAGCUACAGAAGCUUUUUCAAGAUGUUUGACAUGCAAGUAGGGUGAACAUUGAAUUUUGUAACAAUUUAAAUUUAGGUUUGAACAUGCUUAUUUUAUAAAAAAAAAAAAAAAAUUGUUUCUCCCCUAUACUGUAUAAAAAGAUAGCCUUUUAUUUUAAGGACACAUCUUAAUAUUCCAGUAGUACUGUAUGCUUUGUUUUGUUUUUUUGCUUUGUUAUAGACUUUUGAUAAAUGCACAAUUUGCGAAUAAAGGAAAAUGAAUUUUUCCUUAGGCUUCCCCUAAGGGACACAGUGAAAAUAAUUUAACAUAUACAUAUUAUGAUUUUGUCCCCCUUAACAUUCUUUCUUUCAUUUUUUAUUUGUGUAUGGUUCUUUACAAGUCCAGUUUGUAUACUGCUUUUAUGCUUUAUUUUGUAGCAGGCACCCCUUUUUUCUCCUAGUGGGUAGCCUUUAUUAGCUAGUCACAGGCAGUUUUGCAUACUAGUUGCACAUCCACAGCACAUGAUCCAUUGUUCUCCUAGACAGCUCAGUUUCCUUACAGCAUCAGGUACCAUUAUCUGGUCUGUCUCAUUAUUUGCCUAUGAGCAUGUUUAUUUCUGCCUCUGCCAUUGUUGCUAUUUCCAUCAUUAUGCAAGCCAUUGUGAUUCCUACCCUGAGAAGGGUACCUUCCCUUUGAUGUUGUUAUACAUUUUUUUUUUUUUAUCCAGAAGCAUAUUUUUCUAUUUGCUAUUUUUCUUGACCUUCUUCUGUUUUAUCCCCACAAGGAGUCACUUGCACACAUAAUGGAGAUCGUAGCACUCUAGAAUUACAGCUCAUGCUGUCCACCCAUGAAUCGUACGAUUGCCAUGAUUUGGUUCUUCCGACCUGUCUUUGCUUGGGGUUCAUUCUGUUGUGUGCGUGUUUUUUUAUUAUUAUUAUUUUAAUUUAUUUUUUUAUUUUAGCUCUCACAAUUUGACUUCUGUCUACAAUUACAUUUCAAGGGUUCCAAUACCUCUUAUUCCAACCACUCACCUGAAAAAAUUAGAAAUGUAUAGCUAGACCUACGAUCAAAAAUUGAAUUGGCACAAAUAAUGUGCUCAGGAAUGUCAUAGUAAUUAAUGAUGAUCAAGAUCACAAAAAUCAAUCAAGCCACUGAAAAACAGACACGAAGGAAGCUUUUAUAUGUGAUUUCAGACAGCCCAAAUCUCAGUAUAGAAUUAAGUUACAGAAGCUUCUUCAAGAUGUUUGACAUGCAAGUAGGGUGAACAUUGAAUUUUGUAACAAUUUAAAUUUAGGUUUGAACAUGCUUAUUUUAUAAAAAAAAAAAAAAAAAAUUGUUUCUCCCCUAUACUGUAUAAAUAGAUAGCCUUUUAUUUUAAGGACACAUCUUAAUAUUCCAGUAGUACUGUAUGCUUUGUUUUGUUUUUUUGUUUUGUUAUAGACUUUUGAUAAAUGCACAAUUUGCGAAUAAAGGAAAAUGAUUUUUUUAUGGCAUUUAAAAGAAUGCUAUAAAUAGAAUAUGUAGGUAGUAUUAAAACACAGUGUGAUCUAAACUGUUUGCACAUUAGUUAUUUGUAACUUUAACAUUAUUUUCUAAGCAUUCUUUGAGAGUACAUCAUCUGAUUUUUGUAGAGAAAUAUAGCUGAAUGAUCCAUAUUCGAUGCAUAAGAUGGUUUGGAAAUAGUAUAUUUUACAAUUAUUUUGGGUGCAAGACAAUAAAUAUUUAUAACAUGAUUAAAAUGUUGAGGGGACCAUUGGCAUGUGUGGGUAAUUAUUUUUUUUAUUUUUUUUACUAAUAUAAAAGCGUCUUUGUCACUAUCCGGGAUGUCUGCAUAUUUUGCAAGGAGGCCUAAAUGUUGACUGCUCCGCUGGGUGUUCCGUGGCUGCAGGGUGCAGGGGAUGUUGAGUCUUGCUUAACUAAAUCAUUUCCUUUGUGGAGGACGUCGUGAUCUUCUCACUGGUUCUCUUCAGCUCCUGGUGUUUCAUCUGCCAGUAGCCCACAUUAGUGUUGAACUGCAGGAUCCUCCAUAGACAUAGCCUUUAUCCCCACCAUUUUUUGUCAGGUGUAGGAAAUAUACCAAGACAAAUAAGACCCUUAUUUAUCACUGUAUAUCUUUUGACUGCAUUGAAAUUUUAAUGACGUUCCAACACAGUCAAUGGGAGUAUUUGAUAAAUAUUUGAUCUUUAUGAAAAACAAAUUUUGGAGGGAAUGACAGGGGUGCUUUAACUACAAUAAAAUUAUCGCUUAAAGUCAUACACUCGAAAAGAAUCUACAUGCUCAACACUAAACCGGCCUAGCGUGCACCAGAUAGGAGAGGCAGCUGAUCUCCCAGUCCGGAUUUUCCAUGUAUCUUUCAGCUCCUGGCCCCUCAUCUUUUCCUCUUAACAUAGUUACAUGUUUUAUUGCUUACAAUUGUGCAUCCUUUACUGCUUUUUUUUUUCAUUUGUUUUGCCUGGCUUAUCAUUUUCUUCUCUGAGAACCAUUCUGAUAAUUUUCACAAUGUUCUAUGACUUUUUCUUUUUACCAUAAAUUGUGCAGUUACUUAGGCAUACUCGCAACACAAUAUAUAUCGCUAUUUCUGUCACAACGAGAUGCAAUGUUUAUUGCAGUAAUGUCAUUAUAAUGCAUGACAAAAAUAACAAAUUAAAAAAAUUAAUUAAAACUCAUAAGCUGAGUAGCCCAAGGGAGUAAAGUGGCAGCCAAUUCUGGGUACAAGGUGGAACCAGCACACACCGCAAACACCAUACCAAACGGAGUGCAGGGAAACACUUAAUGUCCUCUGUUAUCUAACUCUGACAUCAACCUCUCAAACAUUACAACUACUUAACUAUAACUGCUUCUAACAUAAUCUAUCCCCCUGCAUGCAGUUACACAAUUGCAUACACUUACUAUACUCAUAGAUUCUAAAAAUACAAUACAUUACAAGCAGAAAUAUGUACGCGCACACACACACACACAUAUAUGUUGUUUGUUGCUCCUGAAGAAAGCCCAGGACGUGGGCUGAAACGUAGAGAUUUUUUGGAAUAACCGAAUAAAGAUGAUUUUUUUUAACUACAAGACCGUGAGUGCUAACCUAUAUUUUAAAUAUUUUUGUAUAUUUUGGCUGUGGCUUUUCAGCACCCGGCAUUCAUUAUUAUGCUUAACAUAGCAGGGUCAAUCUGAGUGCAAGGACUGGUCCAUUUUUAUAUAUACACACACACUGAACAAAAUUAUAAACAUAACGCUUUUGUUUUUGCCCCCAUUUUUCAUGGGGUGAACUCAAAGAUCUAAGACUUUUUCUAUGUACACAAAAGGCCUAUUUCUCUCAAAUAUUGUUCACAAAUCUGUCUAAAUCUUUGCCGAGAUUAUCCAUCCACCUCACAGAUGUGGCAUAUCAAGAUGCUGAUUAGACAGCAUGAUUAUAGCACAGGUGUGCCAUAGGCUGGCCACAAUAAAAGGCCACUCGAAAAUGUGCAGUUUCAUCACACAGCACAAUGCCACAGAUGGCACACGUUUUGAGGGAGCCUGCACUUGGUAUGCUGACUGCAGGAAUGUCCACCAGAGCUGUUGCCCGUGAAUUGAAUGUUAAUUUCUCUGUUAGAAUGUAAGUACAUUUCUUUCUCUACAACACCUACUUUUUAAAAUUUUUAUUUUAUUCUUUAUUUUGUUUGUGCAGAGGAUAAACAUGUGGAUUUGCACUGCCACAAAAGCUGGUGCAACUAGGUUUGUAUUCACACUUAAUCACAUUAAAGAGAGACAUUGCAUUUUUUUUUUUUUUUUAAAGUACCGGUAGUUAAAUAAGCAGGGUUGUAUCCUAAGCUUAUAAAAACAAAGGAAAACAUUAGUUUGGCUCACAGAUAUGUUUCACCUAGUAGUCACAGUGAGAAUAACGGUCAGGCUAGGACAUUGCAUUACAGAACUGAGCUAAACACUCCUAUCCUAGUAUCUGAUUGCACAGGGUUAUGCAUUUAAUAUAGUAGGUCUGGUUCAUGCUGUGAUUUUUAAUUGUGCUACGCUGGGUAAAAGACAAAUAAACAAGAGGAGCUGACUUAAUCACGAAUAAACAAAAACUACACUAAAUACAGGAGUCCACUACUUGGUGAGCGAGACAUGCAAGUGCCUCCUUGAGUUUCGUGCCCUUUUCAUUCGAUUCCCGAUUUACAAGGAGCUUGCUGGGUUGUUGGGUGUAUAUUCUCCGUGGAGAGGUAUGUAUUGGGUGAGUGUCCAGCGGUUCUUCCGUGUAGCAGGUGGCACUUUGUGGAGGUAGGCGAUUCAAAGUCCUUAGUCUUUGCACUCUGGCUAGGUCCCAGUUGGCUGCAGGUUUUGCCUUCAGGGUGUUGGGCCUUGGGUGCUUAGUUGUACCUUGUUUCCUGGGCAUACGCCUUGCAGGUAGAGGGGUUCUCCGGUGAUUCAGCUGUCAUUGCGUCAUGGAGGGCAAGGUGGUCUGAAGUGUGCGUGUAGCUGAUAUCGGUGCCUCCAAGGUGUGUACAUGCUGUUGCCUAGCUUCUAGUUUCGCCCAGUAUUUAGCAAAUAUGCCAUCCAGCUUGCUCAGGGUCGGGGUAUAUAAGGUCUUGGCUGUGGGCGCUGCCAUUUUGGGAGAUGCAUGGCGUUUCUGCGUGCAGUAGCUUUUGCCGCUAUGGAGAAGCGUUGUGUGGUCUCCUGGAACCGGGAUGACCCCUCCGGUCCAGAGGGGGGAGCGGGAGAGUGCUGCUAUGAGGUGCAAGAUGCGGCGUCUGGAGAGCGGACGUCCCUCCGACGCCAGCCAGGCUAGUGGGCCUGAGGAGGGCGGGAUCCGGUGUUCUGGGUCAGGACAGCCCCGAAACUGGUACCAUUUGAGACUCCGGGGUCCCCACCGCGCUGUCAGGCUGGUUUUGCGGUGAUAUGGUUGACAUAGCAUGCGGGAAAAGGCUUAAUUUGCAGGCUUUGGUCAGGAGCUCGCCCUGCAUGCGUCCGCUCAGCCUGCCUGUCAAGCCCCGCCCCCCUACAACACCUACUUUUAAGUACUUACUUUACCAUUGGAGUUUGUUUUUCUCUCAUUUAUACCUACAUAUUCUACACACUGCAUACCUGUGGAGAGUUUCAACAUCACCAAGAUCACAGUAUAUCCUUGAUGGGGAUUAUACCGUCUACGUCAUGGGUUGUUAACCUGGUCCCUACCGCCCACUAGUGUGCGUUUCAGGAUUCCAGUUGGGCGGUAGGGAUUUCCUCAAUUUCAGAGAUUGGGUGGGUGGGUGCGAGCCGGCGGUACCCCUGCGACCGGGUACCGCCGUCACUAUUUGCGGCCCCGGCCCGCGCGGCAAAUCACCGGGGCUGCCGUCCAAGGGGUCCAUUGGGUGGCCCAUGCUGUCAGGUCCACCCAAUGGAUGUGGAUUGUAAGGGGGCUUGGUCAGCGCUGGGUGCUUUAACAGUGCAACUGAGCCCCCUGUUAUUAUAGCACUGCACGUCACUCCUCCCAGCUAACACACAGACCGCGCGGGAGGAAGACCAGGGAGUCAGAGUAGGAACUCUGACUCCCAUCCACCUGAGCCACCAUUGGACCCCAGGGAAAGUCACCCUCCUGCACCUAAAAGGUAGGAAACAGGAGGGUGACUAAAAUAUUUUGUGUGUGUGUCUUUGUAUGUCUUGUGUGUGUGUGUGUCUAUGUAUAUAGGUGUGUAUGUAUGUGUGUCUUGUCUUUGUAUGUGUGUCUUGUGUCUGUCUGUAUGUGUGUAUGUUUCUAUGUAUGUCUUAUGUGUGUGUGCGCAUGUCUGUGUGUGUCUGUAUGUAUGUGUGCCUGUCUGUAUGUAUGUGUCUUGUGUGUGUGUGUGUGUCUGUAUGUGUGCAUGUGUGUGUCUGUAUGUAUAUGUGCCUGUCUGUUUGUAUGUAUGUGUCUUGUGUGUGUGUGUGUGUGUGUGUGUGUGUGUCUGUCUGUAUGUAUGUAUGUAUGUGUGCUUGUCUGUUAUAGUGGGCUAUAGUAAGUGGGCUACCUAGCUCAGCCUUCCUAUUGGGCAAAAAAGGUGUGCAUGUCUGUAUGUAUGUAUGUGUGCCUGUCUGUAUUUGUGUCUGUAUGUGUGUGCCUGUCUGUAUGUAUGUAUGUGUCUUGUGUGUGUGUGUGUGUGUGUGUGUGUGCCUGUCUGUGUGUCUGUAUGUAUGUGUGCCUGUCUGUGUGUCUGUAUGUGUCUUUGUGUGUGUGUCUUGUGUGUGUUUCUGUAUAUAUGUAUGUGUGCCUGUCUGUUAUAGUGGGCUAUAGUAAAUGGGCUACCUAGCUCAGUCUUCCUACUGGGCAUUGCUAUAAGGAAGGUUAAAAAAUAGAAAAAAGGAAAAAAAAAAGUGGGGAGGAGAAUUGAGGAGGGAGAGGAGAUGACGCACAGAUGAGAAAUCAUAUUAUGAGAAAUCAUAUUAUGCGCAAACAGAGAAGUCGUCUGAAUAUCACCAAAAGAGGAGACCUUCGUUUGUUCCUUACGAAAAUCGAACCAGAUAUCAAAUAUUUAGUCUUGCAGCAUCAGCCUCAGAGAUCUCAUUAAUCACUAGUAAAGGUAAUUUCAAUUUACUUUGUUUUCUCAUUAAACUUUAUAAAGUUAAAAACAUUAUAAACAUGCAUUAUGUAUGUACAUUUAUUUUUUUUAAAACACCCUCCUUUCUAAAAAAUAUUCUGCAUUUGCGCGAAAACUGGUGGGCAGUAAGGAAAUUUUUCCAUCAAGAAAGAUGCAUUAGUGGGCGGUAGGUAGAAAAAGGUUGACUACCACUGGUCUACGUGCAUACCAGCAAAGCUCUGAGUUAGCUCUAGCAAAUGAAAGUGUAUUAACAUCUGAAUUUAAGUCAUUUAUUGUUACUUAUUGUGGACACACCAUACAGUGUUGCGCUAUUAUUUUGUCUGUUUUUUUCCUCUGUUUUUGGGGGUUUACGAUAUUGCAUUAUUCAAAGGAUUACUGUAUGUAUAAUUUUAUAUAAUUAGAUUGGGCGCGGUACACUCUGUUUUUUCUGUUGUAUUUUCUAUAUUCACUUGGCCUGGGAAUCCUAAACUGUAUCACUGCUGUCUAUUAUUAGAUCUGUUGGCUUUACAACUGUAGUGACCGCCUAUAUAUCUAUACCAAUUAGUGCAUGUUACAAGGUAUGAAAUCUCAUUGCUUGGCACAGGAAACAGGUAGUAGCAGAAAUGACAAGGAAUUAAUCAGAGAAAAUAUAGUAAGUGUUAAUAGAUAGUUAAUAGUAAGUGAAUUACGGUGCUUCUGGCAAAAUGCCAGUGAAAAUACAAAUGGAAGUUUUGAGUACAUAAUCCAGGUAUUUAGAUUUUUCAUUCUUCUUUCUUCCUAAUUCAAUCUUUUAUAACAAAACCAAUGUCCUCAUCUGUGAUGGGUGAAUUUGGGCAAGUAAUAAUUAACUAUUAUUAUUAUAGAUUUCAGUAUACCUAUAGCAUUUAUUUCUAAAGAUUAUUAGUUAUGUGUUUUUCUACCUGACAGCCCAGGACCUCCAGACACCACAACAACGUCAUUGAGAUGAUGAUGAUGAUGAUGAUGUUAUUGUGGUGCCUGGAUUGUUUUUUACCUUUCUCCAUUGCAAACAUAGUUUGGAAAUUUACAAUAAUAUUUGGCAUCAUGUAAAAUUGGAUAACACAGCACAAAGUGCUAAAUAAAGAGCAUUCACUGUGGAAACCAGUGGAAUGUUUCUGCACUUUUCCACCUAAAAUAGCAUUUGUUUUGCUUCAAUAAAUUUCCUUCAUUGUGACUAGUCAGAAAUUAAUUGAAUUGUUUAACAGCUGCAAGUUUAAGCUAAAAGGGUUACUUCUAGCACAGUGACCUCUUCAGUGUUUUCAAGUGGUCAUGGUGCCUGGAAUCAGUAUGUGCAGCGUUAUGGAGUUUAACCUCUUCGCUGCCAGAGUUGUAAUUCCACCUACAUCAUUGCCUUGUGAUCUAGAUUGAUUUCAGAGCACAGAAGAGCUUUUAUUGACCAGUAAUGAAUGGCUAUUGUGAGUUUCCAAACCAUUUAAUGAACAGUUCCACUUUUUACUUUGGGUGUGCUGGGUGCCACUUCCACUACUAAAAUUUAAGCAGCAGCUUUCCUUAGAUCAGCGUUUUGCAAGAACAAAAUUGGGGUUCCGCUGCGUUUAGCCCAUCGGGUGGCCCAAGCAUUUAGGGCCACCCGAAGGAUAUCGCUAAACAGGGUGUCAGUUAGGCAACGCGGGUGUCCAAGACCGUGACCGGACCCUUGUUGUAUGGGAUGCUGGAGACAGAACGCGCCGGCUGGAGAGAGAGCGGAACAGCGGGGAGUGAGUAGCUGCCAACCUGGCACACCAUCCUUAGCCAGCAGCCUUCAGCACUGAAGGUAGAAAAAAGGUAAGUUAAACAUAUAAACAUGUGUGUUUGUGUACAUGUGUCAGUACACAUGUGUGUGAAUUUGUGUGUGUGUGUAUGUGCCAGUUUGUGUAUCUGUGUGUCAAGGUGUGUGUAUGUGUCACUGAGUAUAUAUGUGUGUGUGUCAUUGUAUUUGCCAGUGUGUGUGUAUGUAUCUGUGUGUCAAGGUAUGUGUAUCUGUGUGUCAGAUACAUACACCUUGACACGCAAUGGCACAUACAAACACAGAUACACACACACACACAGAGAUGCACACUGUGUGUCGAGGAGUGUGUAUUUGUGUGUCAGAUACACACACAGACACACUACAUGGUUCUGGUGAUGACAGUGUCACUUUAAAAAUUUUAUUUUUGUUGCAAAAAAGCCUGGCUGCUAACUUCUUGUGGCUACUAGAUUCAAAGCAAAUUUGUUAAACCCUGGUAUAUGAUAAAUCAGUAUGGGUCAUAUACCCCUUUCAAAUUGGCAUCACAUUCUCACCUAUGUAACUACCAACUCAUAAAAAUGCAAACUAAAAUUAUGUCCCUUUUUUUUGCGCUCACCUAUGCUGGUGUGUGUUUGUUUUCAUAGUUGUCUAGCAUGAAAGCAGAGUACUGGAUUCCAAUGACUUUGUAGCUCCUGCCUUUUUUUAUGCCAACCAUACAGCAUUGUGCGGGCAUAGUGUAAAACUUUACUAACUUUACUAUCUGUAACAUGGGAAUCGCCAAACUGCAAUGCCCAGAAUGCACUGUGACAAGCUCAGGCUGUCUAGUGAUUUUUUUCCAUGGUGCAAAUCUUGUGAACCAAUUUGCCCUACAUCUGGCAGCACUAUUAUUUUCGUGAAUAGUGAUAAACAUGCUGAUAUAAUAGCACAUAUUGGUGAGAGAUACACUGCUGCAAUAGAAUGGUUAGUGCUGAGCAAACAACAUACAGUUGUGCUCAAAAGUUUGCUUACCCUUGGAGAAUUGGUAAUAAAUGUACCAUUUUUAAAGAAAACAUGAGUGAGCAGGCAAAACACUUUUUUUUUUUUUCUUAUGGGAUUCAUAUGCAACUGUAGGUUAUAACAGAAUGUCACAAUCCUAAAAUAAAACAUGGCAACAGAGAAAAAAAUUAAAUGACCCCUGUUCAAAAGUCUGCAUAUCCUUAGAAUAUUUAAUACUGUGUAUUGCCCCCUUUAGAAUCAAUGUCAGCAUUCAGUCUCCCCAGAGUGGCUAGAUGAUAUUAAGGUCAGGAGACUGUGAUGGACACUCCAGAACCUUCACCACUGGAGGGCCAACUUGGCCUUGUGCUUAGGGUCAUUGUCAUGCUGGAAAGUCCAAGUGCGUCCCAUGCGCAGCCAGAAGAAUGCAAAUUGUCAGCUAGUAUUUUCUGAUAACAUAGCUGCAUUCAUCUUGCCAUCAAAUUUCACAAGAGCUCACCCCCCUCCAAAACAUCAGUGAGCUACCAUCAUGCUUCACCGUGGAGAUGGUAUCCUUUUCACUAUAGGCCUUGUUGACCCCUCUCCAAACAUAGCGCUUAUGGUUGUGACGUUGUAUACUUGAAACAACCACUCCUUUUUCCAGAGCAGCCUGUAUUUCUCCUGAGGUUACCUGUGGGUUUUUCUUAGUAUCCUGAAUAAUUCUUCGGGCAGUUGUGGCUGAACUCUCUCUUGGUCUACCUGACCUUGGCUUGGUAUCAAGAGACCCCUGAAUUUUCCACUUCUUAAUAAGUGAUUGAAUAGUACUGACUGGCAUUUUCAAGACUUUGAAUAUCUUUUUACAUCCUUUCCCAUCUUUAUAAAGUUCCAUUACACAGGUCUUUUGACAGUUCUUUUCUACUCCCCAUGGCUCAGUAUCUAGCCUGCUCAGUGCAUCCACAGGAGAGCUAACAAACUCAUUGACUAUUUAUACACAGACACUAAUUGACAUUUUAAAAGACACGGGUGUGGAAAAUUUACUUUUAAUCGCCAUUUAACCUGUGUGUGUGUGUCCCCUUAUGUGUCUGUAACAAUGCCAAACAUUCAAGGGUAUGUAAACUUUCAGUGCCGUUUGGUUCUUUUUUUUUUUAAUUCAUAAUAACAGAAAACAACCAAACAACUAUGUAAUAAUAAAUGACUUCAUAUGAUCAAAAUCCUCCAAUAAAAUACACUUAUUGCAUGAUCAGUCAUAUUUUCAAAGUCAAUGCCAAAAUUUCAAAAUCUUUGCCUGGGUAUGCAAUUUUUUUUAGCACAACUGUAUAUGUAUAUAUGAUAUGGGGGGAAACGCCUUGGGAAAGCAGGUAUGGUAAAUACGUCCAUAAUCGGGCACCGGUUGGAGCAAGCUAUAAGUAAUAUUCUAGGUCUAAGUGCUCGUGAAGCUUUCAUUGGCAACAAUUCUUGUAGUGUGGAAAGACCUAGUAGUGAAACAACUCUUGUUGGAUCUGUAAGUGAUAAAGUAAACCAACAUUUUUAAGACCAAUGUUAACACCCUCCUUAAACCAGGACAAAGAAAUGAAGUUCACUAUCCCUAUAGAACAUUUAGCUCUUUUGAAUCUCUGGCUUUGUAGUCUUCUGUUAUCAGUACACAACCACUGUUGUAAAUACAGGACUGGAGAUCCUGGGGCUAGACAUGGUUGUUGGAGAAUGGGAAUGCAUUGGGGUUUAUUCACUAAACUCUCCAUUGUAACAUCAGAUUAGAUGUUACCACAUACAAAUUUCUAACAUUUUGAAUGAAUGUAAAUGUAUCUCUUGAAAAAUAUUAUCAUUAAUCAGUAUGUUUCUUCUUCUCAGGAAUAUAAUGCUUACGGCUGGUGGGUCGGAGAACUGGAUGGCGCCAUUGGUAUUGUACCAAAAGACUACCUGACAACAGCCUUUGAGCUAGAGUGAAUAUGAAGAAGAUUUUGACUACUGAUUCCAUAUUGUCUUGCGUUGUAAGAGCAAUUUGUUCAUGUGAGAAGUUAAAUGUAGAGAGAUUUAAAAAAAAAAAAUGCAAUAUACAAUACAUGUUUAGUUUGUGAUUAUGCAACAUUUAAAAAAUAAAAUAACUGCAAUAUUCAAAAGCC